AUGCCCAAAAACAGCAAGGCCGUCAAGAGAGAGCUUGACGAUGAAGUCACAGAGUCCGUCAAAGACCUGCUAUCCAAUGAGGACACGUGUGAUGAUUCCUUUAAGAAGAGCUCGCUCAUCGUGGGUAGCGGCGGAGGUGAUGGGGAAGGGAAGGAGCUUAACCUUAACGGAGACAUGGACAUGGAGGACAGAGGCUCGGAUGCAGAAGAUGACGCAGCGAGGCCAGCCUGGAACAGCAAGCUGCAGUACAUCCUGGCCCAGGUGGGCUUCUCUGUAGGCCUGGGCAAUGUCUGGAGGUUCCCCUACCUGUGUCAGAAGAACGGAGGGGGUGAGUGGCUGUUGUGCUUAUUGGUUAGGGUAUAGAAGUCGCCUGCCCAUGGGGUUAGGAUUUGGGGAGGUUAGCCUGCCACCUCCUGCUGAUCAACAUCACAGUGGUCACAUGACUGUAUGAGUUUCUCUGUCUCCUCUUUUAGUAGCUAACAGCUAACCUGGUAACAAUCACCAAAUAACACAAUGAACCACAUUGCAAUAGGCAACAAUAACAGUAACCCCCCUAAAUAACAGUUAUUUUAACCACACAGCAACAACCAAUAACAAAACACCUAGCACAUCAUUGGUGUCCACAACUACACCAGCACAACAACAACUUAAUAUCAACCAAAACACCAUCCAUAACUUAACCAAUACAGCAACAAUAUAAUCAAAAAACAGCAGUAUAUAAAUAGCCAGAGAAGCUAUUACAGCCUCCUGCCUUCUUAACCCCAGGAGUCUAGUUAAUCUCCGUUACAUUACAGACAGUGUAAAUAAGGCGUAGUGGCCGUCGCUGGCCGUCAUACUAAAGAGGUCUGAUCACGUCUCCAUGUGUCACAAGACACGUGUCAUCUACAUGUCAUGUGGAGUUCUACCUGGAGAUGAUCAUCAUCCAAAGCCUUUUACUGCUGGCUAAGUGAAAGCUGAUUACUUAGCAGCCACUAUUAUGUCUAGCUCUCUCAGACAGUGUGGGCAGAUACACAGUAAUGACUAGCCCUAGUGGAUGCGUGUUGUCGGUGUGAAUUUUAUUGGAUUUCCCUGCCUGUAUGUGUCUGUCUGAAAGGGUGUGUGUGAAUGCAUGUCUAUGCAUGUGUGGAUCUGUAAAUGGUUUCUGAUAGGUUGUCACUAGCAUUACGUUCUCAGUAUUUAAUGCUAACUGCAUUUUGAUGCAGAGCUAUAAAAGCAGUUAUACAAGUUAUCAAAGCCGUUUCUUAUGGGUGAGUGGGUUGAAUUGUCUCCAAAAUCACAUCCUGAACAUGCUUUUAUGAAUGAAUCUAGCCUUAGUAACAUGGCCUCAAGACUCACUAGUUCCACUGACUCAACCAAGCUACCAACCCUGCCUGGUUUACAAGUGGCAUCAGUGGUUGUGACGUCAAAGGGAGGCACCCUGGCACAGCCUGGGCACCACUACAGGAUGACUCAGUAGUUUUGUUUUUAAGGAGUGGGGAAAAGUGGGAAAGAUAGGAGAAAGUGUCUCACAUAGACAGUGGGUUGCUUUCGAACCCACACAGAUAACAGUAUUUAUGUGUGCGGUAUAGUGGCGACACUAACAAGAACACCCAGGCCACAUGAGUAAUUUAUUACUCAAAAGUUAUUAAAAAAGUACAAAUUAAAAAUAAAAUAAAACAUUUGAAAGAGGAGAGUAGGGCCAGGAGUAUUUCCUGAUCAGGUCACAUAGUCAGGAAGUUGUGGGGAAUAAUAACAUGUGCUUCUGUUAUACUGUAUUAAAAACCAAUGCCAAGUCUUUAUUUAUUUAUCAUAAACUAAAUCAAACCAAAGUUUACUGGUGGCGUACACAGAUUUGCAGAUGUUAUCGCAGGUGCAGCGAAAUGCUUGGGUUUCUAGCGCCAGGAGUGCAUUAAUAAUAACUAGCAAUACAACAACAACAAAAAACGCACAUAAUCCCCAAAAAUGUAAGAAAGGAAUUAAGAAAUAUUAGGAGCAGCAAUGUCAGAGUCCGGAAUAUAUACACACUGAACCCCAAAAAAAGCAACAUGCAACAAUGUCUAAGAUUUUACUGAGUUACAGUUCAUUUGUGAACCAUUUCAGGAAACUAGGCGUAUGUCGCGGGACACUACUUCACAAGAGAGACGUUUGAACUGAAACUUAAAUAAAAAAAUAUAAAUGCAUUUUUUGGCAGAAAUGCCUUCUCGAACAUAUUAAUUAUCAUGUGCCUUAAUAACAAACUUGUAUGCCAUCUGUAAAUACAGUGAGGGAAAAAAAGUAUUUGUUCCCCUGCUGAUUUUGUACGUUUGCCCACUGACAAAGACAUGAUCAGUCUAUAAUUUUAAUGGUAGGUUUAUUUGAACAGUGAGAGACAGAAUAACAACAACAAAAUCAAGAAAAACGCAUGUCAAAAAUGUUAUAAAUUAAUUUGCAUUUUAAUGAGGGAAAUAAGUAUUUGACCCCUCUGGGCAAAACAUGCCUUAGUACUUGGUGGCAAAACCCUUGUUGGCAAUCACAGAGGUCAGACGUUUCUUGUAGUUAGUCAUUAAGGUUUCGAGGCUGACGUUUGACAACUCGAACCUUAAGAUCCCUCCACAGAUUUUCUAUGGGAUUAAGGUCUGGAGACUGGCUAGGCCACUCCAGGACCUUAAUGUGCUUCUUCUUGAGCCACUCCUUUGUUGCGUUGGCCGUGUGUUUUGGGUCAUUGUCAUGCUGGAAUACCCAUCCACGACCCAUUUUCAAUGCCCUGGCUGAGGGAAGGAGGUUCUCACCCAAGAUUUGACGGUACAUGGCCCCGUCCAUCGUCCCUUUGAUGCGGUGAAGUUGUCCUGUCCCCUUAGCAGUAAAACACCCCCAAAGCAUGUUUCCACCUCAGUGUUUGACGGUGGGGAUGGUGUUCUUGGGGUCAUAGGCAGCAUUCCUCCUCCUCCAAACACGUUGAGUUGAUGCCAAAGAGCUCGAUUUUGGUCUCAUCUGACCACAACACUUUCACCCAGUUCUCCUCUGAAUCAUUCAGAUGUUCGUUGGCAAACUUCAGACGGGCCUGUAUAUGUGCUUUCUUGAGCAGGGGGACCUUGCGGGCGCUGCAGGAUUUCAGUCCUUCACGGCGUAGUGUGUUACCAAUUGUUUUCUUGGUGACUAUGGUCCCAGCUGCCUUGAGAUCAUUGACAAGAUCCUCCCGUGUAGUUCUGGGCUGAUUCCUCACCGUUCUCAUGAUCAUUGCAACUCCAUGAGGUGAGAUCUUGCAGGGAGCCCCAGGCCGAGGGAGAUUGACAGUUAUUUUAUGUUUUUUCCAUUUGCGAAUAAUCGCACCAACUGUUGUCACCUUCUCACCAAGCUGCUUGGCGAUGGUCUUGUAGCCCAUUCCAGCCUUGUGUAGGUCUACAAUCUUGUCCCUGACAUCCUUGGAGAGCUCAUUGGUCUUGGCCAUGGUGGAGAGUUUGGAAUCUGAUUGAUUGAUUGCUUCUGUGGACAGGUGUCUUUUGUACAGGUAACAAGCUGAGAUUAGGAGCACUCCCUUUAAGAGUGUGCUCCUAAUCUCAGCUCGUUACCUGUAUAAAAGACACCUGGGAGCCAGAAAUCCUUCUGAUUGAGAGGGGGUCAAAUACUUAUUUCCCUCAUUAAAAUGCAAAUCAAUUUAUAACAUUUUUGACAUGCGUUUUUCUGGAUUUUGUUGUUGUUAUUCUGUCUCUCACUGUUCAAAUAAACCUACCAUUAAAAUUAUAGACUGAUCAUUUCUUUGUCAGUGGGCAAACGUACAAAAUCAGCAGGGGAUCAAAUACUUUUUUCCCUCACUGUAUUUCAAGCCUACCUUCAAACUCAGUGCCACUCAGUGCUUGACAUCAUUGGAUAAUCAAAAGAAAUCAGUCAAGACCUCAGAAAAAUAAUUGUAGACCUCCACAAGCCUGGUUCAUCCUUGGGAGCAAUUUCCAAACGCCUGAAGGUACCACGUUCAUCUGUACAAACAAUAGUACGCAAGUAUAAACACCAUGGGACCACGCAGCCUAAAUACCGCUCAGGAAGGAGACGCGUUCUGUCUCCUAGAGAUGAACGUACUUUGGUGCCAAAAGUGCAAAUCAAUCCCAGAACAACAGCAAAGGACAUGGUGAAGAUGCUUGAGGAAACAGGUACAAAAGUAUCUAUAUCCACAGUAAAACGAGUCCUAUAUCGACAUAACCUGAAAGGCCGCUCAGCAAGGAAGAAGCCACUGCUCCAAAACCGCCAUUAAAAAAAGCCAGACUACGUUUUGCAACUGCACAUGGGGACAAAGAUUGUAGUUUUUGGAGAAAUGUCCUCUGGUCUGAUGAAACAAAAAUAGAACUGUUUGGCCAUAAUGACCAUCGUUAUGUUUGGAGGAAGGGGGUGCUUGCAAGCCGAAGAAAAUGAGACAUGGCAAUCUGCACAAAGGCAAUAAGGCCAUUUUUAAACAAGGGAUGAGCUUUUCUUAGUAAUCUACUUGAGAACCAUUUCAGGUUCAAGUAAAACUUUUGUUUAAGUGAAGCUUUGAGAGAGAGGUUUAGUGCUUUUAUAUUUAAUAAUCUCAGCCCACCCAGUUCAUAUUCAUUAUAUAGAUAGGCACACUUUAUCUUGUCUGGUUUAGCAUCCCAGAUAAAGUGAAAUAUUUUUUGCUCAUAUGAUUUGAAAAAUGAAUCAUCAGGAGUAGGCAGCGCCAUUAGUGAGUAAAGAGAGAUAUGACUAAGGAGUUAAUCAGUGUAAUUUUUCCAUAAAUAGACAGCUAUUUACCUCUCCAUGGUUGAAGGAUCUUGUCUAUUUUGACUAGUUUUCUAUUGGAAUUCAUUGUAGAGAGCUCAUUUAUAUAUAUUUUUUAUAUUAAUAUCAAGUAUGUCUACUUCAUCGUCAGCCCAUUUUAUAGGUAAACUGCAGGGUAAUGUAAAAGUUGCAUUUUUAAAAAGAUCCAGUACGUAAUCAUAAUUAGGUUUUAGUCUAGAGAGGCCAGAAAAGUUAUCUAGACCUUCAUUGAGACAUUGCAGGGAUCUAGCUUGCAGACUUAAAACUUGAGCCAUCGGCAUACAUGGACAUCUUUGUUUUUAAGCCUUGGAUUUCUAAUCCUCUAAUGUUGUUAUUUGAUCUGAUUUGAAUAGUUAGCAUUUUGAUGGCCAUAACGAAUAGAUAUGGUGACAGUGGACACCCUUGUUUAACGCGUCUUGACAGUUCAAAACUCUCAGAGAAGUAGCCAUUAUUUACUAUUUUUCACCUGGGGUUGCUAUACAUUACUUUUACCCAUUGAAUAAGAGACUCACCGAAAUUGAAAAAAUCCAGGUAUUUAUAUAUAAAAUACAGUCUUACUUUGGGUGGUCCUCUGUAGCUCAAUUGGUAACGCCAGGGUAGUGGGUUCGGUCCCCGGGACCACCCAUACGUAAUAAUGUAUGCACACAUGACUGUAAGUCGCUUUGGAUAAAAGCAUCUGCUAAAUGGCAUAUACAUUUUUAAUUAAUCAAAGGCCUUUUCAAAAUCCACUAUGAAUACCAGGCCUGGCUUCUUAGAUGUUUCAUGUUGUUCUAUUAUUUAUAGUAUUUGUCGUAUAUUAUCUCCAAUGUAUCAUCCAUGUAAAAAAACCUGUCUGAUCAGGAUGAACAAUACCUGGUAAAACCUUUUUCAUUCUGAGUGCUAUGCAUUUCGCUAGUAUUUUUGCAUCACAACAUUAAAGUGUAAGACUGGACUGGAUCUUUAUAUUUGCCAUCUGGGUCUUGUUUUAAUAGUAGUGAAAUCAGACCUUCCUGCUGAGUACCUGACAGACUACCAUUUCUCUAGAAGUAGUUAAAACAAGUUAAUAAUGGAUGUUACCGAUAUGCCAUAAUGCCCCGGGGAUUUCUCCAGACUGAAAGGAUUUAAUAGCCUCAAAAAGUUAUUCCUGGCCUUCGCACUGAUUUUUUGUGCAUUUGUUAAUUUUUCAUUGUUUUAUUAUUUGGAAAUCAUUCCUUACUUCAUCAUUCAGAGGGUGAGGAGGAGACAAAAAAGAAAACAUAUUUUUUAAAUAUUUAGCUUCCUACUUUGAAAUGUAAUUCAGAGAAUCAUGGAUGACUCUGUCUUUAGUAACGAGUUUCUGCACAUAAUUUUCCUGUGUUGAAGAUUCAGAAAUAAUUUUGUGCAUUUUUCUCCAUAUUCCAUCCAGUGGGCUUUAUUUUUGUAAUAGAUUACAUUAAAUCGUUCUUGAAUAAGUUCCUCCAGUUCUUUUUGUUUUUCCUCUAACUUGUUUUGUAUCUCUGUAGUACUGUUUCUAUUUCUAUCUACCUGCACUAUUAGUUCCUGUAUUUUCCAGAAGUAGUCAAGACGACUAGCUUGAUUAAGUCUCCUCCAUGUAUAUCUCACUAGGUCAGGGUUGUUUAGUCUCCAAAUAUCCACUAUUUCUAAUGUGUCCAUAAUAUUUGUAAUUUCCUUAAGGGCACGGUGAUGAUAGUUUGUAGAGUGAUUUCCUUUACUGUCAAUUGAGGUACUUAACACUGUGUUAUAUUCUCCCACCAUAAUGAUUUGAUCGUUUGUUGCCUGUAAAUUCAAUAGAUUGGUAUAAAUAUUUUUGAAGAAGUAUGGAUCAUCCUGAUUUGGACUAUAUAGACAACGUUGACAUCAGCAAACCACUCUCCAAAAUGAUGCCAUACAUGCUGACUGCCAUCUGCCCGGUACAGUUGAAACCGGGAUUAAUCUGUGAUGAGCAUGCAGAGGACCUUACCUGAGACACUUUAUGACAGUUUUUGCAGAAAUUCUUCGGUUGUGCAAACCCACAGUUUCAUCAACUGUCCGGUGGCUGUUCUCAGAUGAUCCCUUAGGUGAAGAAACCGUAUGUGGAGGUCCUGGGCUGGCGUGGUUACACGUGGUCUGCGGUUGUGAGGCUGGUUGGACGUACUGCCAAAUUCUCUAUAACUGCAUUGGAGGCGGCUUAUGGUAGAGAAUUGAACAUAAAAUUCUCUGGCAACAGCUCUGGUGGACAUUCCUGCAGUCAGCAUGCCAAUUGCACGAUCUCUCAAAACUUGAGACAUCUGUGGCAUUGAGUUGUGUGACAAAACUACACAUUUUAGAGUGGCCUUUUACGGUCACCAGCACACGGUGCACCUGUGUAAUGAUUAUGCUGUUUAAUUAGCUUCUUGAUAUGCCACAACUGUCAGGUGGAUGGAUUAUCUUGACAAAGGAGAAAUGCUCUCUAACAGGGAUGUAAACUCAUUUGUGACUGACCGGCUCGAUUCGGUCAUAUGUUGAAAUUGUGUUUUUUACGUUGAAUAAAAGUAGAGAAUAUUCCGCUCCAGCCAUUACCACAAGCUCAUCCUCCCCAAUUAAGGUGCCACCAACCUCCUGUGUUGUUCACCCAUUCAGCAUCGUUCAUGUCACGGUGCUGUGUAUGGGUGUGGUGUAGAAUCAGGCGCAGGCAGCAGAGGGUAAGUCCAACAAGACUUUACUGAGCACGAAAAUUAAUCCAAAACAGCCCGGAGGCAAAAAGACGCACACAGGCGUAAAUACAAGCGCACACACAGGUGCGUAAAUCUCUCCUCACACAACAAGGAGGAAGCUCAGGAAAAAUAGCGUACCGACACGGGUAGCGCAACCACGACACAAACAAUUACACACAACACAAACCUAACAACAAGGAAACUAAAUAGGGUGCUAAAUGAGACCUAACACAAAACAGGUGUGACUAACAGACAAAACCAAACAAACAAGAAACAUCGAGCGGUGGCAGCUAGAACUCCGGAGACGACGACCGGCGAAACCUGCCCGAACAAGGAGGAGGAGCCGCCUCGGCCGAAACCGUGACAGUACCCCCCCCUUGACUUGGAGCCGCGCGCCGCCUCCGGCCUCGGGGACGACCAGGGGGACGCGGAGCAGGGCGCGUAGGAUGACCACGAUGGAAUUCGGUCAUCAGGGACGGAUCCAGAAUGUCCCUCCUUGGCACCCAGCACCGCUCCUCCGGACCGUACCCCUCCCACUCCACGAGAUAUUGGAGACCCCCCAUCCGGUGUCUCGAAUCCAGGAUGGUCCGAACCGUGUACGCCGGAGCCCCCUCGAUGUCCAACGGGGGCGGAGGAGUCUCCUCAAUCUCAAAGUCCUGGAGUGGACCAGCUACCACCGGCCUGAGGAGAGACACAUGGAACGAGGGGUUAAUAUUCUUGUAAUCAAUAGGUAGUUCUAACCUGUAACUCACCUCGUUCAAUCUCCUCAGGACUUUAAAAGGCCCCACAAACCGCCGACCCAGCUUCCGGCAGGGCAGGCGGAGGGGCAGGUUUCUGGUUGAGAGCGUCUCCUCCGAGCGCCGCACCCACUCAUCCACAGCGGGGGCCUCGAUCUGGCUCUCAUGCCAUGGUGCCAGAACCGGCUGGUACCCUAAUACACACUGGAAAGGGGUUAGUUGGGUGGAGGAGUGGCGGAGAGAGUUCUGUGCCAUCUCGGCCCAGGGCACAUAUCUCGCCCACUCCUCCGGCCGGCCCUGACAAUAUGACCUCAGAAACCUACCCACAUCCUGGUUGACUCGUUCAACCUGCCCAUUACUCUCCGGGUGGUAACCCGAGGUAAGGCUCACCGAGACCCCCAAACGUUCCAUAAAUGCUCUCCAGACUCUGGAGGUAAACUGGGGGCCUCGAUCGGACACUAUAUCCUCGGGCACCCCGUAAUGCCGGAAGACGUGAGUAAAUAGAGCCUCAGCGGUCUGUAGGGCCGUAGGAAGACCCGGCAUGGGAAGGAGACGACAGGCCUUCGAGAACCGAUCCACAACGACCAGGAUGGUGGUAUUCCCCUGUGAGGAGGGAAGAUCGGUAACAAAAUCCACCGAGAGGUGAGACCAGGGUCGUUGUGGAACGGGCAGGGGCUGUAAUUUACCCCUGGGCAAGUGUCUGGGCGCCUUACACUGGGCACACACUGAGCAGGAGGAGACAUAAACCCUCACAUCCCUGGCUAACGUUGGCCACCAGUACUUCGUACUAAGGCAGUGCACCGUCCGGCCAAUACCCGGAUGUCCAGAGGAGGGGGACGUGUGAGCCCAAUAAAUCAGCCGAUCCCGGACCUCGAGCGGGACGUACACCCGACCCACCGGACACUGUGGAGGACUAGGCUCGGUGCGUAACGCCCGCUCGAUCUCCGCAUCGACCUCCCACACCACCGGUGCCACCAGACAAGACUCCGGUAGUAUGGGAAUGGACUCCACGCACCUCUCCUCCGUGUCAUACCGACGGGACAGAGCAUCUGCCUUCCCGUUCUGGGACCCAGGGAUGUAAGUGAUCUUGAACACAAACCGGGCGAGAAACAUGGUCCAUCGAGCCUGGCGAGGAUUCAGUCUCCUAGCUGCCCGAAUGUACUCCAGGUUACGAUGGUCGGUCAGAAUGAGGAAAGGGUGCUGAGCCCCCUCAAGCCAAUGCCUCCACACCUUUAGGGCCUGUACUACGGCUAACAGCUCCCUGUCCCCUACGUCAUAAUUCCGCUCCGCCGGACUGAGCUUCUUAGAAUAAAAAGCACAGGGGCGGAGCUUAGGUGGUGUACCGGAUCGUUGAGAAAGAACUGCCCCGAUACCGGCCUCAGACGCGUCCACCUCAACUUGGAAGGGUAAAGUGGGAUCCGGGUGCGCCAACACCGGGGCCGAGGUAAACAGGUCCUUCAGUCUCCCAAAGGCCCUGUCCGCCUCAGCUGACCACUGCAAGCGCACCGGACCCCCCUUCAGAAGAGACGUUAUGGGAGCUGCCACCUGUCCAAAACCCCGGAUAAACCUCCGGUAGUAAUUCGCAAAACCCAAGAACCGCUGCACCUCUUUAACCGUAGUUGGGGUUUGCCAAUUACGCACGGCGGACACUCGGUCCACCUCCAUUCUCACCCCUGACGCAGACAACUGGUAACCCAAAAAGGAAACUGACUCCUGGAAGAACAGACAUUUCUCAGCUUUGACAUACAGGUCAUGCUCCAACAGUCUCCUCAAUACCCUGCGCACCAGGGCUACAUGCUCGGCCCGAGUAGCACUGUACACAAGAAUAUCAUCUAUGUACACCACUACUCCCUGCGCCUGCAUGUCCCGGAAAAGUUCGUCUACAAACGAUUGGAAGACUGAUGGAGCAUUCAUUAACCCAUAUGGCAUGACGAGAUACUCGUAAUGGCCGGAUGUAGUACUAAAUGCUGUCUUCCACUCAUCGCCCUCCCUAAUGCGCACCAAGUUAUAUGCGCUCCUGAGAUCCAAUUUUGUGAAGAACCUUGCCCCGUGUAAGGACUCCGUCAUGGUCCCAAUCAGAGGAAGUGGAUAGCUGUACUUCACCGUCACCUGAUUGAGACAGCGGUAAUCAAUACACGGACGCAAACCUUUCUUCACAAAAAAUAAGCUCGAGGACGCGGGAGAAGUGGAGGCCCGUAUGUAUCCCUGUCUCAGAGACUCGGCAAUGUAAGUCUCCAUUGCCCUUUUCUCCUCCUGUGACAAAGGAUACACAUGGCUCCGCGGAAGCGCUGCUCCUGUCUGGAGGUCUAUCGCACAAUCCCCUUGUCUAUGAGGUGGCAACUGUGCCGCUCUGGUCUUACUGAACACGAGCGCCAAAUCCUCAUACUCAGGAGGAAUGUGCAGUGCUGGCAUCUGGUUCGGACUCUCCACCGAGGUCGCCCCUACGGAAACACCCAGACAUAACCCCUCACACUGAGCAGACCACCCUUUAAGAGCUUUCUCUCGCCACGAAAUAGUAGGAUCAUGGGUCAUCAACCAGGGAAGCCCCAGUACCACCGGAUACGCAGGAGAGUCGAUAAGAUAGAGUUGAAUCGUCUCCUCAUGACCCCCCUGCGUCAUCAUCCUAAGUGGCGCUGUGACCUCCCCAAUCAACCCAGAUCCUAACGGACGACUAUCUAGGGCAUGUACAGGAAAGGGUUUUUCGACUGGAAGGAGGGGAAUCCCUAACUUAACACAGAAUCUCCGGUCUACAAAAUUCCCAGCUGCGCCUGAAUCGACUAGCGCCUUAUGCUGGGACCGAGGUGCAACCUGUGGGAAACAAACAGGUAAGGUAAUGUGAACGACAGAAAGCUCUGGGUAAGUAGGGCGCCUACUCACCUGGGUGGACUCCCCACUGUAUGACCUGCUCUCUCCCUCACCAGGGGACCCUCCCCAGCACCUAGCCGCGGUGUGCCCUCCGCGCCCACACUUGGUGCAGGAGACUGCCCCCCUCGGGCUCCUACCUCUUCUCCCUCUAGCGCCAGCACCUCCAAGCUCCAUCGGACACUGCUCGGAGGCGCUGGAGGGUGGAAUGGGGGGCCCCCACCUGGGACGUCCGCGGGUCGCCAGCAGGUUGUCCAGUCGAAUGGCCAUGUCCACCAGCUGGUCAAAUGUUAGUGUAGUGUCCCUGCAGGCUAACUCCCUGCGGAUGUCCUCCCGAAGGCUACAUCUGAAGUGGUCUAUGAGGGCCCUCUCAUUCCACCCCGCAUCAGCCGCUAGAGUCCGGAACUCCAGCGCAAACGCCUGAGCGCUCCUCAUCCCCUGUCGGAGGUGGAAUAGACGUUCCCCCGCCGCUCUCCCCUCUGGUGGAUGGUCGAAGACCGCACGGAAGCGACGGGAGAACUCCGCAUAGGUGACUGUGGCGGCGUCUAUUCCCCUCCACUCGGCGUUGGCCCACUCCAACGCCUUGCCGGUGAGACAGGAGAUGAGGGCGGAAACGCUCUCGUAUCCCGAGGGCGCCGGGUGUAUGGUGGCAAUGUAGAGCUCCACUUGUAGGAGGAACCCCUGACACCCGGCAGCGGUGCCGUCGUACGCCCUCGGGAGCGAGAGCCGAAUCCCACUGGGUUCCGGUCGAUGGACGGGCUGGUUGUCCGGUGGUGAAGGUGAUGGUGCGAUAGGUGGGGCUAUGGAAACCCCGCUGGUCUCCCAUCGACGAAGGGUGUCCAUGACGCCCUCCAAGGCGUGCCCGAUACCGUUGAUCCGGUGCUCGUGUCCAAGGAGACGCUCCUCCAUGGGGUCGACGGGUGCUCCUGCUGAUUCCAUUCUAGGGUGUGUAAUUCUGUCACGGUGCUGUGUAUGGGUGUGGUGUAGAAUCAGGCGCAGGCAGCAGAGGGUAAGUCCAACAAGACUUUACUGAGCACGAAAAUUAAUCCAAAACAGCCCGGAGGCAAAAAGACGCACACAGGCGUAAAUACAAGCGCACACACAGGUGCGUAAAUCUCUCCUCACACAACAAGGAGGAAGCUCAGGAAAAAUAGCGUACCGACACGGGUAGCGCAACCACGACACGAACAAUUACACACAACACAAACCUAACAACAAGGAAACUAAAUAGGGUGCUAAAUGAGACCUAACACAAAACAGGUGUGACUAACAGACAAAACCAAACAAACAAGAAACAUCGAGCGGUGGCAGCUAGAACUCCGGAGACGACGACCGGCGAAACCUGCCCGAACAAGGAGGAGGAGCCGCCUCGGCCGAAACCGUGACAGUUCACACCCUCUUAAGCCUUCACCCCACCCAUCUCUUUAAGAAUUCACAUGAGGCCAUGUGCUAAACAGAGUGAGUAAGGUAGUGUAGUAAACAACCAAAGAUUUCAAGACUAAAAGUGUUGAAAGUAGUAGCAAAAAAACACUUUAUCUAGUUCUAGGCCUAUAUCCAAAUCUGAGUUUGGUGCAGGUCAUGUUGUUCUUUACAUUACCAUCUCUGGUAAACACACACUAUAUCAAAUAAAAUCAACAUUUAUUUGUCACAUGCACAGGAUACAGCAGGUGUAAAUGGUACAGUGAAUUGCAUAUUUGCAUAGUAGCAAUAUCAGAAAUAGAAAGUGUCCAGAUAAAUAUUGUAUAAAUAUUUUAUAGUUAUUAGAUGAUUCUUACCCAGACAAAUGUUGCACAAAGACUCACAGCUAUAAUCGCUGCCAAAGGUGAUUCUAACAUGUAUUGACUCAGGGGGCUGAAUACUUAUCUAAUCAAGAUACUGUGCCUUCAGAAAGUAUUCAUACCCCUUGACGUAUUACACAUUUUGUUGUGUUACAGCCUGAAUUCAAAACAUUUACAUUUACGUCAUUUAGCAGACGCUCUUAUCCAGAGCGACUUACAAAUUGGUGCAUUCACCUUAUAGCCAGUGGGAUAACCACUUUAACAUAUUUUUUUUUUUUGGGUGGGGGGGGUGGGGUAAGGGGGGGGUUAGAAGGAUUACUUUAUCCUAUCCCAGGUGUUCCUUAAAGAGGUGGGGUUUCAAAUGUCUCCGGAAGGUGGUGAGUGACUCCGCUGUCCUGGCGUCGUGAGGGAGCUUGUUCCACCAUUGGGGUGCCAGAGCAGCGAACAGUUUUGACUGGGCUGAGCGGGAACUGUGCUUCAGCAGAGGUAGGGGAGCCAGCAGGCCAGAGGUGGAUGAACGCAAUGCCCUCGUUUGGGUGUAGGGACUAAUCAGAGCCUGAAGGUACGGAGGUGACGUGAGAGAACUUGGGAAGGUUGAACACCAGACGGGCUGCGGCAUUCUGGAUGAGUUGUAGGGGUUUAAUGGCACAGGCAGGGAGCCCAGCCAACAGCGAGUUGCAGUAAUCCAGACGGGAGAUGACAAGUGCCUGGAUUAGGACCUGUGCCGCUUCCUGUGUAAGGCAGGGUCGUACUCCGAAUGUUGUAGAGCAUGAACCUACAGGAUCGGGUUAAAUAGAUUUAUUUUUCACCCAUUUAGCCGAUUAGAGCUGUGAGUCUUUCUGGAUAAGUCUCUAAGAGUUUUGCCCACCUGGAUUGUACAAUAUUCGCCCAUGAUUAUUUUCUAAAAUCUUCAAGCUCUGUCAAAUUGCACCCGGCCACACUACAGUGUGUAUGACCCCAUUGAUUCGUACAGUUUGUAACACUCAUCUCCCAUCCGAAUGCUUGAAAAUAACAAUGCAAAGUAACAAAAUGUGAUAUCAUAUCACGUAAAAGUGAAUUACUUAGGCUUUAGGAAAUGCAACCAACUACAGAGAUUGAUUUACAUGUUUACAUUUGAGUCAUUUAGCAGACGCUCUUAUCCAGAGCGACUUACAGUUAUUGCAUUCGUCUUAAGAUAGCUAAGUGGGACAAACAGAUAUCACAGUCAUAGUAAGUACAUUUUUCCUCAAUAAAGUAGCUAUCAGCAAAGUCAGAGCUAGUAAGGGGAAAAAAUAAAAUAAAAAGUUAAGCGCAAGUUUUACUUUUGUAUUUGGAAUGUGUGUGCCUGAAAUGCUCAAUUGAUUUUAAAUGAAUAACUAUGACUUACAGUAUGUUGGGUCUGUUUUCACAGGCUUCACAUCAUAUCCCCCCUUCUUUGCCUUGGGAAAGCUGAUUUUGUAUCACAGCAUUCCUGCCGCGGUGAUUGCCCGGGAAGCUGUGCAGACAGAGUAGAUGUUGAAUUUUCUAAAAUGUCCAUCAUUACAGCUUGAUGAUAGUGGAAAGACAAAAGGAGAUGGAAAGUCAAAUAAUAAUACCCCCUUACCCCCUAAUCAUCAUGAUCAGCCCCAAUGACACAAGAUACAUCAACUGUAAGACAACAACCCACACAAUGGAAUGGCAAAAUAUGAUUUUCAAGGAUAAAUUACAAAUACUAUACACAACGCAACUACUUUUGUGGACAACAUUCCUUAAUGUCAGCUGUGUGCUGGCAGUUCUCAGACUCAAUGUAGGGGGCUUAGGGAUGGAAGAACCAAAACCAUAUAGUGACUAUCAGGUGUGUUACAGAAAAUAAACUGUUCACAAGUUAAACCAGCCACAGCCACAGUGUCAGACUCAUCAAACUCUAAUAGUUACAUUAUUUGGAGUAACUACAAUGUUGUUGAUCUAUCCUCCGUUUUUUCCAAUCACAACCAUUAACCCAUAAGAGUCUAAGCCCUGUCUAAGCCGGGGGAGGGGGAGGGUUCUACUAAGCUAUAGUACAUUUGGAAAUUAUUCAGACCCCUUGACUUUUUCCACAUUUUGUGAAGUUACAGCCUUAUUCUAAAAUGAGUAAAAUUGUUUUUUCCCCUCAUCAAUCUACACCCCAUAAUGACAAAGCAAAAACAGGUUUUUAGAAAUGUUUGCAAAUUUAUUCAAAAUAAAACACUGAAAUAUUACAUUUACAUAAGUAUUCAGACCCUUUACUCAGUACUUUGUUGAAGCACCUUUGGCAGUGAUUACAGCCUCGAGUCUUCUUGGGUAUGACGCUACAAGCUUGGCACACCUGUAUUUGGGGAGUUUCUCUCUUCUCUGCAGAUCCUCUCAAGCUCUGUCAAGUUGGAUGGGGAGCAUCGCUGCACAGCUAUUUUCAGGUCUCUCCAGAGAUGUUCGAUCGGGUUCAAGUCCGGGCUCUGGCUGGGCCACUCAAGGACAUUCAGAGACUUUUCCCAAAGCCACUCCUGCGUUGUCUUGGCUGUUUGCUUAGGGUCGUUGUCCUGUUGGAAGAUGAACUUUCACCCCAGUUUGAGGUCCUGAGCGCUCUGGAGCAGGUUUUCAUCAAGGAUCUCUCUGUACUUUGCUCCGUUCAUUUUUCCCUCGAUCCUGACUAGUCUCCCAGUCCCUGCCGCUGAAAAACUGUGUUCUUAGGGACCUUCAAUGCUGCAGAAUUGUUUUGGUACCCUUCCCCAGAUCUGUGCCUCUACACAAUCCUGUCUCGGAGCUCUACGGACAAUUCCUUUGACCUCAUGGCUUGGUUUUUGCUCAGUCAUGCACUGUCAACUGUGGGAACUUAUAUAGACAUGUGUGUCCCUUUCCAAAUCAUGUCCAAUCAAUUGCAUUUACCACAAGUGGACUCCAAUCAAGUUGUAGAAACAUCUUAAGGAUGAUCAAUGGAAACAGGAUGUACCUGAGCUCAAUUUCCAGUCUCAUAGCAAAGGGUCUGAAUAUUUAUGUAAAUAAGGUAUUUCUGUUUUUAAUUUUUAAUACAUUUGCAAAAAUGUCUAAAAACCAGUUUUUGCUUUGUCAUUAUGGGGUAUUGUGUGAAGAUAUUUAAUCAAUUUUAGAAUAAGGCAGUAACGUAACAAAAUGUGGAGAAAGUGAAGGGGUCUGAAUACUUUCAGAAUGCACCCUAUAUGGAAUUGUUUUAAGGUCAUACCAAGGAUAAUUUUGCUAUUUGAUUUUAAGACUCCUUGAAGUAUAAAAAAAUAUAUAAAACAAUUAUUUGAUGAAAAAUAUUAUUUGGCCUUACUGCUAUUAGCCCAUACAAAUGCAAUUAAUAUCAGAUUCACUACGUGGAACAACAGGUAGUGCCCCAAAAAAAUAUCUAAAGGAAGUUUGUUCUUAAGUGUCUAUCCUAUAUCUGAGAGGUAUAAGAAAGAUCAGUAAACCUGUAUUAACUGUAUUAAAUUCACCAUUGGCCUCAUGGUGAAAUCCCUGAGUGGUUUCCUUCCUCUCCGGCAACUGAGUUAGGAAGGACACCUGUAUCUUUGUAGUGACUGGGUGUAUUGAUACACCAUCCAAAGUGUAAUUAAUAACUUCACCAUGCUCAAAGGGAUAUUCAAUACCCAUCUACCAAUAGGUGCCCUUCUUUGCAAGGUAUUGGAAACCUGGUCUUUGUGGUUGAAUCUGUGUUUCAAAUUCAUUGCUCGACUGAGGGAUCUUACAGAUAAUUGUAUGUGUUGGGUAGAGAGAUGAGGUAGUCAUACUUUUUUAAAUGUUAAACACUAUUAUCGCACACAGUGACUCCAUGCAACAUAUUAUGUGACUUGUUAAGCCAAUUUUUACUCCUGAACUUAUUUAGACUUGCCAUAACAAAGGGGUUGAAUACUUAUUGACUUAAUACAUUUCAACUUUUCAUUUGUAAUUUUUGUAAAAUUUAGAAAAGCAUAAUUCCACUUUGACAUUAUGGGGUAUUGUGUGUAGGCCAUUGACUGUAUAUUAUUAGAAAAGGUGUGAACAGCAGUAGUUAUGUAGGAUGAGCCAUGACUAGAAUACAGUAUAUACAUAUAAAGUGGGUAAAACAGUAUGUAAUCAUUAUUAAAGUGACCCGUGUUCAAUUACUCUUUGUACAUAGGGCAAAGCAGUCUCUUGCAGGGUAUAGUACCGGGUGGUAGUCGGCUAAUAACAGUGACUAAGGUUUAGGGCAAGGUACUGGACGGAGGCUGGCUAGUGGUGACUAUUUAACAGUCUGAUGGCCUGGAGAUAAAAGCUGUUUAUCAGUCUCUCGGUCCCAACUUUGAUGCACCUGUACUGUCUCCUCCUUCUAGAUGGUAGCAGGGUGAACAGGCUGUGGCUCGGGUGGCUGAGCUUCUUGAUGAUCUUCUUGGCCUUCCUGUGACACCGGGUACUGUAGAUGUCCUGGAGGGCAAGCAGUGUGCCCCCGAUGAUGUGUUGGGCUGACCGCACAAUCCCGGUUGCGGACGGUGCAAUUGCCGUACCAGGCGGUGAUACAGCCCGACAGGGUGCUCUCAAUGAUGCAUCUGUAGAAGAUUGUGAGGGUCUUGGGGCCAAUAUAAAAUUAUUCAGCCUCCUGAGAUUGAAGAGGUGCUGUUGUGCCUUCUUCACCAAACCGUCUGUGUGAAUGGAACAUUUCAGGUCAUCAUUGAUGUGAACGCUGAGGAACUUGAAGCUUUUGACUCUCUCCACUGUGGCUCCGUCGAUGUGGAUGGGGGCAUGCUCUCUCUGCUGUGUCCUGUAGUCCAUGAUCAGCUCCUUUGUUUUGUUGACAUUGAGGGAGAGGUUAUUUUCCUGGCACCACUUCACCAGGGCUCGUUCCUGCUCCCUGUAGGCGGUCUCGUCAUUGUUGGUAAUCAGGCCUACCACUGUUGUGUCGUCAACAAACUUGAUUGAGUUGGAGAUGUGUGUGGCCACUAAAGGUUCAAUAAAGGUUGAAUAACGGUGAAAAACUAUCAGUGGGGUUGAAAACAUGUUGAGCCAAUAUGAGAGAAGAUACAGUAGGUUUCAAAUAAUAGAUGAAUUGCCAAUGUGCUUUGCUUCCUGGUUGACAAGUAGGCCUAUCUGCCAUUCCGGGACAGCGAAUCUUGGUUUUGGGAGGCUGAAACCAGAGAAUUUUCCUCAACCAGUGACUUUUCUUCUGUUUUCCUUAAAGGCAAGCCAGACAAAACAACCUUUGUUUUGAAACUAUAGCUUAUUGUCAGAUGUGAUAUCCUUAUUUCUGAUUCACCAAGAUUGACUUUGCAGUUGCCAGAAUAUUAGUUUGAAGCAAAACAGUUAAAGGCUUGGAGGUUUGUUUUUAUUCAAGUGAUCUACUGGCUAUACAUUGUAUUAAUCUAUUCCAGUUACUUUUGGCAAUAUGGCUCUGGCAGUAAAAACAUACAAAGAUUAUAGUACAUGCUAAAUGCCAACCACAAUUUCCUUUGAACAAAGGUUUUUGUAUUAUCUCAAUCUACCAUGUGUCUUCCAGUUGCAGUCUCAUGUCUUCUGAGUAUGUCCAGAUGCCCUGAGAGUAUCUUCACAGACAGACAGACCCUGUGUUUUACAGAGCUGUGCUAUUAUGGGCUGUGUCUUAGUAAUUCUCCCUGAAGCUGUCUAUAAAGGAAAUAAGGAAUGUAAUCUCUCUGAUGUGGACUCAAGUAGCCACAGCUCAAUUUGGGUAAUUUGAGACCUGAGUAAAUUCCAACUGGAUAUACUAUUUGGUGACACCACACACCAUGAUGAGGAAAAAUUACCAGAGUCAUGCUAGGACACACUGAGGCAGAAACUGGUGUGGUGUGCAGUCACUACAUGGUGUGAGAGAGAGAAAGAGAGAGAAAGAGAGAGAGAGAGAGAGAGAGAGAGAGAGAGAGACCGUUUCUGACACUGUUUCUCCUUCUCCACAGGGGCGUACCUGGUGCCCUACCUAAUCCUGCUGAUCGUGAUUGGCAUCCCCCUGUUCUUCCUGGAGCUGUCAGUGGGGCAGCGGAUCCGCAGAGGCAGCAUCGGGGUGUGGAACUACAUCAGCCCUCGUCUGGGGGGCAUCGGGUUUGCCAGCUGUGUGGUAAGUCAGGGGCACUACCACUACCACUGUGGGCACCACAUCUUAGAAAAAGGGGAAAGCACACACACACGAGAAGGAUUUUUUGUGUUCAUACACACACACACACACACACACACAGAGAGAGAGACAGACAAAGGAAAAUAAUUGAGAAAGGACAAGCUGCUUUAAAGAGUAACAGGUUAGAGCAGAGGAAAUUCUGGGUUUUAAAUAGGGCACUGACACCUUUCUGCGAACUAACUGGCAGCACAUGUUGGUUGAGCAUGGUUUAAUGUAGAUCAGUGUUCUGUAUUCAGGGUCUGUGUUGUUUAACUAGUGUGUUGCCUUGGCCUUGCUCCUCUGGGGUUUAGGUUUGGGUUGCUGUCAAGUUGCUGUGAAGAUGUUUUUAUUGAUAAAAGCAUUAUAACGAUAACUUUAGAUGGAUUGAUUGUGUUCAGGUAGUAAUGAUUUGGAUUGUGCACAGCAAAUUUGUGGUUAAAACUUCUGUGUUCAGAAUUCCCUGAUUGGUGAUGUGGAGGUGGGGAGAGGGCAUUCGUGGCAGGUGUGCCCCCUACCCAACUCUAUGGUCACGUGUGCCCUCUAUAUAACGCUAUGGCCAGGUAUUUAAACGGGCAGGUUUGAGGGCACCUCUUUUCAAUCCGGGGUCCUUCACCAAGACAAAGUUGAGCAGUUGGGCACGUCAUACAACUCUCACACCAAAAAACAGUAUGCAUCAUGGAAAUAGAAGCCAUACAAACAUACUCUACAGACCACAGGAGGUUGGUAGCACCUUAAUUGUGGAGGACGGGCCCGUGGUAAUGGCUGGAGCAGAAUUAGUGGAAUGGUAUCAAAUACAUCGAACACAUGGUUUCCUUGUGUUUGAUGCCAUUCCAUUUGCUCCCUUCCAGCCAUUAUUAUGAGCAGUCCUCCCCUCAGCAGCCUUCACUGCUACAGACCCACUGGCUAGUCCAUCCAAUUCAAAAAACCAAGUCUCAUGUCAACAACUGUCAGUCAUUCCAUGCCAUAUAUCAUCUCCAUCACCUGAAUAUAUAAAGACUCUUAAACCAAAUUGCAUCUCGGCCUCUGCCUGCUCUCUAACAAUAAUCUGACAGUAGAUGGGCAUCACCAUAACCCAGUUGUAAACCUCAAUCAGUUACACUCGGUGUUGAGGUAAAAGUGUUGUGAGUAUUAUAUCUGAGUGAUGAUUCUAGUGGGGUUGACACCAGUGGGAUUGAAAUUUAAUCAACACUUCAUGGUGUGGUUGUUGAGUUAAUUUCCGUCUCAUUAUCCUAUUUCCUAGCAUGCUUUGUUGCAGGUAGAUUUUUAUAAUAGUAAAAAAAUAUAUAUAUAUAUAUAUAUAUAUAUAUAUAUAUAUAUACAGUGAGGGAAAAAAGUAUUUGAUCCCCUGCUGAUUUUGUACGUUGAUCAGACUAUAAUUUUAAUGGUAGGUUUAUUUGAACAGUGAGAGACAGAAUAACAACAAAAAAAUCCAGAAAAACGCAUGUCAAAAAUGUUAUAAAUUGAUAUGCAUUUAAUGAGGGAAAUAAGUAUUUGACCCCUCUGCAAACAUGACUUAGUACUUGGUGGCAAAACCCUUGUUGACAAUCACAGAGGUCAGACGUUUCUUGUAGUUGGCCACCAGGUUUGCACACAUCUCAGGAGGGAUUUUGUCCCACUCCUCUUUGCAGAUCUUCUCCAAGUCAUUAAGGUUUAGAGGCUGACGUUUGGCAACUCGAACCUUCAGCUCCCUCCACAGAUUUUCUAUGGGAUUAAGGUCUGGAGACUGGUUAGGCCACUCCGGGACCUUAAUGUGCUUCUUCUUGAGUUGAUGCUAAAGAGCUCGAUUUUGGUCUCAUCUGACCACAACACUUUCACCCAGUUCUCCUCUGAAUCAUUCAGAUGUUCAUUUGCAAACUUCAGACGGGCAUGUAUAUGUGCUUUCUUGAGCAGGGGGACCUUGCGGGCGCUGCAGGAUUUCAGUCCUUCACGGCGUAGUGUGUUACCAAUUGUUUUCUUGGUGACUAUGGUCCCAGCUGCCUUGAGAUCAAUGACAAGAUCCUCUGGGUUCUGGGCUGAUUCCUCACCGUUCUCAUGAUCAUUGCAACUCCACGAGGUGAGAUCUUGCAUGGAGCCCCAGGCCGAGGGAGAUUGACAGUUAUUUUAUGUUUCUUCCAUUUGCGAAUAAUCGCACCAACUGUUGUCACCUUCUCACCAAGCUGCUUGGCGAUGGUCUUGUAGCCCAUUCCAGCCUUGUGUAGGACUACAAUCUUGUCCCUGACAUCCUUGGAGAGCUCUUUGGUCUUGGCCAUGGUGGAGAGUUUGGAAUCUGAUUGAUUGAUUGCUUCUGUGGACAGACUUUUAUGCAGUUAACAAACUGAGAUUAGGAGCACUCCCUUUAAGAGUGUGCUCCUAAUCUCAGUUUGUUACCUGUAUAAAAGACACCUGGGAGCCAGAAAUCUUUCUGAUUGAGAGGGGGUCAAAUACUUAUUUCCCUCAUUAAAAUGCAAAUCAAUUUACAAUUUUUUUUUGUUGUUAUUCUGUCUCUCACUGUUCAAAUAAACCUACCAUUAAAAUUAUAGACUGAUCAUUUCUUUGUCAGUGGGCAAACGUACAAAAUCAGCAGGGGAUCAAAUACCUUUUUCCCUCACUGUAUGUUUCUGCAUGCACAUUGAUUGAUUAAUUGAUCUAAGAUAAAUAACUCAACAUUUUCUAAACUAAUCCAAUCUGUAAGUGGUUGGGCUUAUUGCACCCAUUACUGGGGUUGGGUUUAUUGCACCCAUUACUGGGGUUGGGUUUAUUGCACCCAUUACUGGGGUUGGGUUUAUUGCACCCAUUGUUCCAGUUUAGAUGGUUUAGGUGAUUUAGUUUAAGUUCCUAACCAUAGCACUCAUUCUGAAUGCAGAUUAUGGGUGAUAAGAAGUUCCAAUUAUUGAAUAUCCUCCCUAUGGCUGGAUUCCAAUAGGAAUUACAAUUUGCAACACCCAUGUCUCUGUCACAAGUCGGAAUUUGCAACACCCACAGUGUUAGGGAUCCAACCCUCUGGGGGUAUUAGUUUAUCAACACCUUGAAAAGUGUUAGUUGAACACUAUUUUGGUGGGUCAUAUAUAAUUUCUAAGAAAGUGUUGAAUUUAACAUUGUGGGUGUUAAAAUUCUGAUCUCAAAUUUGCUGUGUGUGGAUUCAACACUAUAACUUUUUGUUCUGCAGGUGUGCUUCUUUGUGGCCCUCUACUACAAUGUGAUCAUUGGGUGGAGUCUGUUCUACUUCUCCCAGUCCUUCCAGCAGCCUCUGCCAUGGCACGAGUGUCCCCUGGUCAAAAACAAAACGACUAUGUGUAAGACACACACACUCACCUUCAUCCAGCACAUGCUCACACCUUCAUGACACAAGAGGCAAGAACUAUACAGGUGGCUCUUCAUAACUAGCAUACAAGUUCAUAAAAAAGCAUGUAAUAAAGUCAUAGUGUUUAGAUACCCCCCAGUGAAAGUGAUACAGUAAGGCAUUAGCCAUACUAUAGUCAUACAGUAAUCCAUUAUAAAGUGUGCUCUAGUUUAAUCAGUAACAACCACCGUUUUGUCUGUCCCUCCUCCCUCCAGUUGUGGUGGCUGAGUGUGAGAAGAGUUCGGCCACCACCUACUACUGGUACCGUGAGGCUUUGAAUAUCUCUGACUCCAUCUCUGAGAGCGGAGGCCUCAACUGGAGGAUGACCAUCUGUCUGCUGGCCGCCUGGUCCAUGGUCUGCCUCGCCAUGAUCAAGGGCAUCCAGUCCUCUGGGAAGGUGAAGGAAAAAAAGGAGAGAGAGAGAAAGAGAGAAAGAGAGAGAGAGAGAGUGAGAGAGUAAAGGGGGGGGGGGGGAAGCUUAUUAGUUAGUUACUGUAUACCUGAUAGACCUGGCCUAGUUGGUUAGCCAUUGACCUGUUAGCCGUGUGUGUGUAUAGUUAAACGACACCGCCGUUUGGCCUCAGUGAUGUCCCUUGACAGGUCUUCCUAAUGAUAACUGACUGGAAAUUAUCUGGAGCUCAUGUGAUCCGGGUUUGGAUGUUACUGUAGCCAAGUUGACAGUAGCAUGACUAGCAUCCGGACGGAUUUGCCCAACUGGCUAACGUUACCGUCUUCUUUAGCAGGUCAUCUUGAUCCUUUAUCCAGGUUUUCUCUUGUCAUAUGACUACUAUUAGCUAGCCAGUUACAAGGUCAGAGUUAAGGUCGUUGGUUAAAUAACUCAAUUUUUUUUUAAAGGCUUUAAUCCCCAUCGGAAAAUUCCAUUAUGAUAACGUCACUGUUGUUUUUAGCGUUAGCCCUCCAUUCCGUGUCAGGCUGGAGCCAGGUCAGGAGAAACUGUGUCAGGUCUUUCUUAAUCUACCAUAAGUGUGAAAAACGUAAAGUUACUUGCAUAACCCUGGUUCUCUGAUAAUAUGAGUGAGGGGUUCGCUAGGACUGCCUACUCUCUCUGAAGUACCUAUCAAAAGCGUCUGUUGGAGAUAGACAGGUAAAGUGGCAAAUGAGGUGAGACUCUCACUUCCACAAAGGAGCCAGUCUCCCACCCUCUGGUUAUUCUCAAGCAUGCUUCUCUUCCUCUCGCUCUGAAUGCGGUGCUACAUCUCACUCAUAUUGUCAGAUAACUGGGGUUACGCAAGUAACGUUAAGUUCUCUUUCAAAUACUCAUUUCGAUGUAUCACAUGUGGGGAUAUGGCCAACUCCUGUAUUGCAAAACAGGCUUUCCGAAGCCACCCUCAGAGGUCCCGAAACUAAGGGAGUACGCUCCGAGAAGGUGCAGAGACAACCCGUUGGGAGCAACCUCAUAACAAAGUGAGGGGAAGCACAAAAUCUCUGUAUAAUGAGAUGUCCCAAAAACAGUGUCAAAGAGGUAAACCCCUCUGUAGGAGAGGGCCCAUUCAGGCCCCUCCAAAGGCUAUCACCCUUGCAAUAUUAUAAAUAAAUAUAAUGGUCCCAUGAUCCAGCAGGAUAUUGCUGAAAGAGAUGGGCCCACCUUCUUCCAAGGGUGUUUGCCCAAUGAGUAAAGAGCAUGACACCCUUGCCCGAGCUCUCCUACAAUCCAAGUAAAUGCGAACCGUACAUACUGGACAACGACAGGGACACCCUUCUAGGUAAGGCGACAGGCGAAAAGCCAUAGGCUCAAAGGUGUAACAAUAGGGAAAAAGUCAACCGGGCCAAAGAUUGGUUUAGUACAUUAACCUGAAAAAUCCCUGGGCAGACUGUGGGCAUUUGCUGGUCGAGCACAGUCCACCCAUACGCUUAGGGACGCCAAGGGCAGUAGUAAAGCGAAAGGAGGUAUAUAACGUUGCCACGAUUUAAGCACAAUAGUCACGUCCCAGGACAAGCUAAAUGCUUAAAGACUUGGCGUAAGCGACGUGCCCCCCUUAGAGACUACACUACAGUUAUGUAUCACUGUCGGGGCCUUGGCAGGCCGAGAAAGCGGCAAAAUGAACUUAACAAGAUGAACCUUCUCUCCGUCCAAAAGAUCCUGCAAGGCGCAUAGGACCAUGGAAAACAGAGUGUAGGAUAGAACAAUCUGUAUAGUCACAACACUUUUCCACGACAAAAACGCACCAACUGGGUGUGCAUUAGGGGCUGGCACUCUUUUCCAAGACUCUUUCCAUUCUUUUUUUAUAAACUGUAUAUAUUUUUUUCUCUCUCACCAGCUAUCCCCCGAAGGCUAAAUCAUCCGGAUGAGGAUGGAGAAUUGCUUCGUUCGCUAGGUCAGGUUCUCACAUUUCUGGGGCUGGGAAACCCUUUUGUGAUAGCACAUUCAUCAGGGACCCCCUCAUAACUCGAGGGAGAUAGAAAUAGCAUACAAGGUGUUUUACUAUGACUUCGGCAGAGCAUGGCCAGACAAACCAAGUCUCGGGCCCUGGGAAGAAACAUUUUAAAGGCCCCCCAGCUAGCAUAUUUGAUUCCUUGGAAGUUGUGGGAACAUAUUUUUUUGGUUUCCCAUUGGUUCUGAGAACGAAGCCAUACGUUUCCUGACCGGUGAAAGAGAAAGGUUUUUAAAUGUUCUGAGAACGGAAGUGAUUUCACCUUUUCUGGGAACGUACAUUUUUAGGUUUCAGUGAGGUUCUGAUAAUGUUUUACUAUGGUUCCCUGAAAGUUUUCCUGGGAGGUUUUAUUAACGUUCUGAGAACAGAAAUUAUAGGUUAUUUGAAAGUAAUUAAAUAAUGUUCUGAGAAUAUAUUUCAAUAAGACUUUUAAUAACACUGCUAGCUUAGUUUAACUGUUAUGAACACUAAGCACAGAUAGGACACAUGGAAAUUAAUUUGCUUAGGCAUUAAUCAUGCAAAUACAUGUAUUUUUUAUUGUGGCAAGGCAUCAGUGAAAUUUUAAACCUAUGAUUUUCUGCUCUCUAUCCAUGGAAUUAUUCCACUGAGCAACCAGGAUGAAGCUAGCAUGCUGUGGGUUUUUUAACUCAUACAAAGCUGUUCAUUUUAGUCUAUGCAAACAGACCCUAUUUCAAAGGAAACAAGCGCUCAUUAAUAUCAGGUGACGGUUGUUGAGGUUGGUCCUGUGUUCUCCCUGGCGUCCUUUCCCCCUUGCGGCAGGUGUGGGAUGUGGGUGCGUUUGCACGCUCGGCCCAUUUCCUCCGCAGUCAACCAUAUGGUGUGCAUUUUUGUGUUUGGAAAGGUGCGGUGUUAAUUGAGUGAGAGGGGAAAUGGUUGCAUGUCCUAGAGCCGACGGGUGUUUAUGAGCAGGGGUAGUGAGAGAGAGCUUUCAAUUUUGUGUAGAUGAGGGAUAUACAUUUUUAAAUAUAGUAUACAUCUAAUCUAAUUUUUUAUUGUCCUAUCAUGAUGGAAAGAUCCCCAACCCUAUAUCCUGGACACCCACCUGAGUGACCCAUACACCAAAGAGAAGUUCCCAUCUCUUUUCUGGACCUGCUGUGAGUAUGCAGCCUAAACAGAUAAAUAAAUGCGGUCAGAGACCUACUUGAGCAGCACCGCCCCCUCAAGAUUCUGAGCCUGCCUGGCAGGGUUGGUCCUACAAAGCCAGAGCCCCCUGAUGGGAGAGCAUAAUAUACAAGGAAAUUCUCAAAGCUGCUAAUGAGAACCUUGACGACCUUUUACCUAGCCGGUGGGGAUUCCGGUGGGGUACCCCCACCCAGGUAGUUGGCAGUGCUGGCAACACUGGCUGCAGUAACCCAUGGGGAGGGGGUCACACUCGGACAAUCAGAGAGGGGGUUUAUCAUUGUGGCCCAGGUGGCACAAAAUAAUCAAAGGUCUGACUGCACGGAGAUGCUUGGGAAAAAUGGUUACAACGGGGGACCAGAGUGUUUGUGUCUCAGGUAAAGAGGGUGGAUCUGAUCUCCAUCCCCUAGGACUUGACAAAGAUUAAGUAGAUUAAUCAAAUCUCACAUUGUUGUCAAUUUCUGCUCAAUCUUGCAUGCUUUCUCAAUCAGCUGUAACUGUAUGUGCACUCGUAAAUCAGGUCCUUUCUUGAGUUGGGCUCUGGGAUAUAACAACCGUUGAGUAUCUGAUUUUAUGGUGGAUUGUGGAGGAGGGGGGUUGAGUGUGUUGGAGUAUGUGCGUGUAUGUUUGUCCGGCUUCUGUUGUGGGGGGGUGGGGAUGUUGGGGAGGGGUAUGGGAUGGACCACAGUAAUUAUUUGCUAGGAUAAUAAUUGCUUGUCAAUAAAUUAAAUGUAAUACAAUGGAAAUCCGUGUUAUAUGUUAAAAUCCUACGCAUGAACUGCCGACAUUAUUACGCAUAUUAAUGUAUAAUGAUGGAAAAUAAGAUAUGCAAGAUAUUUGAAUAGAUAUAUAUUUUUAUAUAGAGGUGACAGCAUUGGAAAUGCUUUUGGCGGUUAAUCUGCUUCUGUUUUGUGCGUGGCACUGUGUGCUGUUUUCGAUGGAUGGGUCCUGGCCUCUCGGGGCCCUAGGGAUCCGGAGGGAUGUGGGUGGGAUGCCGAUCACUGGGAUGACGGCUCAACUUGGGAUGGGGAGGGGCUUUAGCGGGGGAAUUAGUGGAGAACAAUUGAAGGGAUACUUAGUAGCAAUGCAAAUAUCAUGGUACAGCUAUAUGGACACUCAAUCAUUACGGUAUUUUUUAUUGGUAAAUUUACAAACAUAUAUAAUGAUAAAUAGACUUGAAACUUGUGUCUCAUUAUGGUGUAUGGGGAAAUAAGUAUAGCCAGUUAUAAUUGUAAUGGCUUAGCUGAUAAUAACAAAAGAAGAACAAUAUUUACAUGGCUCAAAGAGAAGGAAUAUAAUAUCUAUUGUUUACAGGAAACUCAUUCAACAAGUUGCGUGGAAAAAGGAAUGGGGGGGCGAAAUAUACUUCUCCCAUGGGCAAAGAAAUUCAAAAGGGGUGAUGAUAUUAAUUAAUAGUAAUUUCGAUCCGAAUGUGCAAAUUGUCCAAAUAGAUAUGCAAGGUACAUGGAUUAUUUUAAAUAUGUUAUUGGACAAUAAACAGAUAUGGCUCAUUAACAUUUACGGACCAAAUAAUGAUGAUCCACACUUCUUUGACAAUAUAUAUAAUAAAGUAUCAACCCUGCAUGCAAUUCAAGACAAUAUUAUUAUGGUGGGGGAUUAUAAUAUUGUUUUAAAUAGCUCAAUGGACCGUAAAGGAAAUCACACCACAAACAAUCACCCACAUGCUCUUAAGAAAAUCGUGAAUGUCAUGGAUACAUUAGAACUAGUAGAUAUAUGGAGGCUUAAAUAUCCUGAUCUAGUGAGAUAUACAUGGCGGAGACUCAAUCAAACUAGUCGUCUUGACUUCUUUCUUAUCUCAUUCUCGUUGGCACCAAAAGUUUAAAAAGUGUUGAUAGGGGACAGAAUGCGGUCGGACCAUCAUAUAAUUGGCAUAUACAUUACUCUUACUGAAUUUCCACGUGGGCGAGGAUAUUGGAAAUGUAAUCAAAGCCUAUUGGAUGCUAAUUUAUUUUUAACUAGGACAAAGGAAUUUAUAACUAACUUUUUCCGACAUAACAUAGGUACAGCAAAUCCCCUUAUUGUAUGGGACACCUUUAAAUGUGCCUUUAGAGGCCAUGCAAUUCAGUACUCAUCUCGAAAACAAAAGCAAUUUAGGUCAAAAGAGUUUAUACUAACAAAGGAAAUAGAAAGUCUAACAGAACAGAUAGAUGGCAAUAAAAACUGUAACAAAGAGGCUCAGAAUUAGAGGAAAAACAAAAAGAAAUGGAGAAACUUAUUCAAGAAAGAUCAAGUGUAAUAUAUUAUAAAAAUAAAGCAAACUGGAUGGAAUAUGGGGAAAAAUGCACCAAAUUAUUUUUUAAUCUUCAACAUAGGAAUGCUACCAAAAAGAAUUUAAUGAAACUGGUUACAAUUGAUGGAGUAACCCAUGAUUCACCAAAUUAUAUUUUGAAGGAGGAAACAAGGUACUUUAAGCAUAUGUUUUCGUUUCAGUCGCUCUCCAUCUCCUCUAACUGAAACUAAUUGUAGAGAUUUGUUUUCUAUUGAUAAUGUAAAAUUAACAGCCAAACAGAAAGACUCCUGUGAAGGUGAAAUUACAGAGGAGGAAUUUCUGGAUGCAAUUAAAGACUUUAAGUCCGGGAAAACUCCAGGGUUGUAUGGCAUACCAGUCGAAGUAUACCAAACCUUUUUUGAUAUACUAAGAUUAUCAUGUUUUAACCACUCCUAUGUAAAUGGUCGAUUAUCUGACACUCAAGAAGAAGGUCUGAUCUCAUUAUUACUGAAACAGGAUACAAGUGGAAAAUAUAAAGAUCCAGUCCAUUAAAAAAAUUGGAGGCCCCUUACACUUCAGUGUUGUGAUACAAAAAUUCUAGCAAAAUGUAUAGCGCAUAGAAUUAAAAAGGUAUUGUCGGAUAUUAUUAAUUCUAAUCAGACAGGUUUUUUACAUGGAAGAUACAUUGGAGAUAAUAUAAGGCAAGUAUUGGAAACAAUAGAACAUUAUGGAAAAUCUGAGAAACCAGGCCUGCUAUUCAUAGCAGACUUCGAAAAGGCAUUUGAUAAAAUACGACUGGGGUUUAUAUAUAAAUGCCUGGAGCAUUUCAAUUUUGGAGAAUCUCUUAUAAAAUGGGUCAAAAUCAUGUAUAGUAACCCUAGGUGUAAAAAAGUUAAUAAUGGCUAUUUCUCAGAAAGUUUUAAACUGUCAAGAGGAGUGAAACAAGGUUGUCCACUAUCGGCAUAUCUAUUUAUUGAAGCCAUCGAGAUGUUAGCUAUUAAAAUCAGAUCCGACAAUAAUAUCAGGGGAUUAGAAAUCCAGGGCUUAAAAAUAAAGGUGUCAUUGUAUGCUGAUGAUUCAUGUUUUCUUUUAAAUCCAAAACUAGAAUCACUCCACAGCCUCAUAGAGGAUCUAGAUACAUUUUCUAACCUCUCUGGAUUAUAACCAAAUUAUGACAAAUGUACUAUAUUACGUAUUGGAUCAAUAAAAAAUAAAAAAUGUACAUUGCCAUGUAGUUUACCAAUAAAAUGGUCUCAUGGUGAUGUGGAUAUACUCGGAAUACAUAUCCCAAAGGAAAUAAAUGAUCUCACUUCAAUAAAUUAUAAUAGAAAGUUAGCAAAAAUAGAUAAGAUAUUGCUACCAUGGAAAGGUGGGUGCCUGUUAAUUUGUGGAAAAAUCACCCUGAUUAACUCUUUAGUAUUAUCCCAGUUUACCUAUUUGCUUAUGGUCUUGCUUACACCUAGCGAACAGUUUUUUAAAUUAUAUGAGAAAAAAAUAUUCAAUUUUAUUUGGAACGGCAUGCCAGACAAAAUUAAACGGGCCUAUUUAUAUAAUGAAUAUGAAUUCGGAGGACAGAAAUUAUUAAAUAUUAAAGCAUUAGACCUAUCACUAAAAGCUUCAGUCAUAUAAAAGUUAUACUUAAAUCCGAACUGGUUCUCUAGCAAAUUAGUAAAAUUGUCUCACCCAAUGUUCAAGAAUGGCCUUUUUCCCUUUAUUCAGAUUACAACCACUCACUUUCAGUUAUUUGAAAAGGAUAUCAUCUCCCAGAUAUCACUAUUUCUAAAACAAGCCAUAGAAAGUUGGUUGCGAUUUCAAUUUAAUCCUCCAGAAACGACAGAACAGAUAAUGCAACAAAUAUUGUGGUUAAACUCAAAUAUACUAAUUGACAAAAAAACUUAUUUUUUUUGACAAAAUGUUUAAAAAAGGUAUAAUCUUUGUAAAUGAUAUCAUCGGUAGGACUGGUGGAGUUAUGUCGCACAUGCAGCUAACAAAAACAUAUGGAAAUGUCUGCUCUACCCAAAAUUACAACCAAAUAAUUGCAGCCUUACCGCAAAAAUGGAAGAGGAAAGUGGAAGGAGGAGAAAGUAAGAAACUUGUCUGUCGGCCUUGCAUUAAAGAACAUAAUUGGUUAAGGAAAACUGUGAUAAAUGAAAAAGUAUAUCAGUUUCAUUUAAGGACCAAAGGAUUGACAGCCGUCCCAUAUAGAUUGCAAAAUGGUUGGGAAGAGAUUUUUGACGUACCGAUCCCAUGGCAUAGUGUUUAUGAACUGAUACGCAAAACGAUACCGGAUUCAAAACUUAGAAUCUUUCAAUUUAAAUUAUUAUCUAAAAUUCUUGCUACCAAUAGAAUGUUAUUUAUAUGGGGGAUACAAUCCUCCAAGCUCUGCAGAUUUUGCUGCGAAGAGACAGAAUCAUUAGAUAAUUUGUUUUGGUACUGUCCAUUUGUAGCUUGUUUUUGGACACAGGUCCAGGAAUGGCUAAAGGAUUGCAAUAUUUACCUGGAGCUAACCCUGCAGAUAGCACUACUGGGUGAUCUGAAAAGUCAUAGUCAAUCGAUCAAUGACAUAAUAAUACUAUUAGCAAAAAUGUUUAUUUUCAAUUCACAAUCUGUAGAAACAAUGAGAAUAGAAAGGUUCAGAACUUUUGUAAGACAUCACAGUACAGUUGAAAUAUAUAUGGCAAAUAGAAAUCCUAUAUGGAUGGUGUUAAAAGAUAGAUGGGAGGUGUUGAAUGGAAUUGAAGGAUGGGACUAAUAACAACUAACAACAAACAAUAACAAGAUAACUAAUAAUGUAGGCACGCUGUGUCCAUAAUAAGUGUAUGGGUUGUAGGCUGGGAGCUUUUGUGAAGGAGCACAGUUAGAAAUAUAUGGCAUAUAGAAGCAAACCGGAUGGACAUCAUGAAAAUGAUCGGAGAGGUUGAGAGUAGAAGAAGUUCAGGAGAAAGAACAAACAAAAUGUAAUUAUUGUAAAAUUGACUGUGUCCAUAAAAUGUAGAUAGUGGGUAUGGGCUGGAAGUAGAGGCCUAGGCGUUGUUGUUCACUAGUUUACUCCAAGUGGGGAAAGGGUGGCGGGAUUGGAAAGUAAUAAAGGGGAAUAUAUAUAUAUAUUUUAAAGGAUAUGUAUGUGUAUGUAUAUAUGUGGGUGUUUAUGUGUGUGUGUAUGUGUGUAUAUGUAUAUGUGUAUGUAUGUAUGUAUGUAUGUAUGUAUGUAUGUAUGUAUGUAUGUGUGUAUGUGUGUGUGUAUAUAUAUAUGUACAGUGGGGGAAAAAGUAUUUAGUCAGCCACCAAUUGUGCAAGUUCUCCCACUUAAAAAGAUGAGAGAGGCCUGUAAUUUUCAUCAUAGGUACACGUCAACUAUGACAGACAAAAUGAGAAUUUCUUUUCCAGAAAAUCACAUUGUAGGAUUUUAUAUGAAUUUAUUUGCAAAUUAUGGUGGAAAAUUAAGUAUUUGGUCAAUAACAAAAGUUUCUCAAUACUUUGUUAUAUAACCUUUGUUGGCAGUGACACAGGUCAAACGUUUUCUGUAAGUCUUCACAAGGUUUUCACACACUGUUGCUGGUAUUUUGGCCCAUUCCUCCAUGCAGAUCUCCUCUAGAGCAGUGAUGUUUUGGGGCUGUCGCUGGGCAUCACAGACUUUCAAAGAUUUUUUAUGGGGUUGAGAUCUGGAGACUGGCUAGGCCACUCCAGGACCUUGAAAUGCUUCUUACGAAGCCACUCCUUCGUUGCCCGGGCGGUGUGUUUGGGAUCAUUGUCAUGCUGAAAGACCCAGCCACGUUUCAUCUUCAAUGCCCUUGCUGAUGGAAGGAGGUUUUCACUCAAAAUCUCACGAUACAUGGCCCCAUUCAUUCUUUCCUUUACACGGAUCAGUCGUCCUGGUCCCUUUGCAGAAAAACAGCCCCAAAGCAUGAUGUUUCCACCCCCAUGCUUUACAGUAGGUAUGGUGUUCUUUGGAUGCAACUCAGCAUUCUUUGUCCUCCAAACACGACGAGUUGAGUUUUUACCAAAAUGUUCUAUUUUGGUUUCAUCUGAUCAUAUGACAUUCUCCCAAUCCUCUUCUGGAUCAUCCAAAUGCACUCUAGCAAACUUCAGACGGGCCUGGACAUGUACUGGCUUAAGCAGGGGGACACGUCUGGCACUGCAGGAUUUGAGUCCCUGGCGGCAUAGUGUGUUACUGAUGGUAGGCUUUGUUACUUUGGUCCCAGCUCUCUGCAGGUCAUUCACUAGGUCCCCCCGUGUGGUUCUGGGAUUUUUGCUCACCGUUCUUGUGAUCAUUUUGACCCCACGGGGUGAGAUCUUGCGUGGAGCCCCAGAUCGAGGGAGAUUAUCAGUGGUCUUGUAUGUCUUCCAUUUCCUAAUAAUUGCUCCCACAAUUGAUUUCUCCAAACCAAGCUUCUUACCUAUUGCAGAUUCAGUCUUCCCAGCCUGGUGCAGGUCUACAAUUUUGUUUCUGGUGUCCCUUUGACAGCUCUUUGGUCUUGGCCAUAGUGGAGUUUGGAGUGUGACUGUUUGAGGUUGUGGACAGGUGUCUUUUAUACUGAUAACAAGUUCAAACAGGUGCCAUUAAUAAAGGUAACGAGUGGAGGACAGAGGAGCCUCUUAAAGAAGAAGUUACAGGUCUGUGAGAGCCAGAAAUCUUGCUUGUUUGUAGGUGACCAAAUACUUACUUUCCACCAUAAAUUGCAAAUAAAUUCAUUAAAAAUCCUACAAUGUGAUUUUCUGGAUAUUUUUUUCUCAAUUUGUCUGUCAUAGUUGACGUGUACCUAUGAUGAAAAUUACAGGCCUCUCUCAUCUUUUUAAGUGGGAGAACUUGCACAAUUGGUGGCUGACUAAAUACUUUUUUUCCCCACUGUAUGUAGGCCCUAACAGUUUGUGGGCACCGUUUGUCACCUUUAUAGUACAAUAAAUGUAUUGUUUAGUGUUGUGUUGUGUAGUGGCUUUGCUGGCAUGCAUCCACAAAUUUUGUGUUUUGUUUGCCCCACCAAGAUUUACAUGCGAAAAUGGCCACUGGUCUGAAUACUUAUAUAAAUAACGUAUUUCUGUUUUUUAUUUUUUAUAAAUGUGCAAAAAUGUUUAAAAACAUGUUUUCACUUUGUCAUUAUCGUGUAUUGUGUCUAGAUUGAGGACCAUUUUUAUUUAUUUAAUCAAUUUUGGAAUAAGGCUGUAACGUAACAAAAUGUGGAAAAAGGGAAGGGGUCUGAAUACUUUCCAAAUGCACUGUAGUUAGGAGCCUUGUGGCUAACAGCUAGCAAUAUUGAUCACCGUAUAACGCUAUAGCCAUGAGGCUAGUGGGGCGUUAGUUAGCUAGCAGCUACCUCGUGGUGAAGGUGUGCCGUGUCUAGCUUAGUGCUGGCUGAAGGAAACCGAGUGAUUGAGAAAGAGUGCUCCCGCGACCGACAAUGCCAUGAAGGCUGAGAGAGUCGGUGUAGUUAACACAACAUGUGAACGCAGGUUAACUAGACUAGAGAAGGGAGCCAGCAAUGCUACUAUAUUGCUGGUAGGGUAUGCUAGGGAAGUUGUGUAGCUUGCCUGUCAGCAAGCUAGCCAAGUUAGCCUUGCAGCAUGUCUUAACACUAGAACCGCCAUAGGCCAAUGGCCACUGACAUUUGAUUUUGUAAAUAAAAUUAAUCAGCCCCCCAAAAAAUAAUUGCAAUGUCCUGCUCCUUCCCUAAUUUUUCGUAAAUGUUUGUAUUUUGCAUUUCUCAUUUGUCCGAAUUUUUUGAAAUCACAAACAGAAAAGUAUUUGGAGCCUUUUUACCUGUUUUUUGUUUUUUUCUCACACCUAUUCCCAACUUAAUCAGCCAAGACAAUGCGCUGUGGUAGGACGUUGGUACCCAGCCAGUCUCUCCUCACUGAAUGAAUGACAAAUGGCUUAUAAUUGUGCAUGUUAUUUUGUUAUUUCACAAUUGAAUUUAGAUUAGGUGUAAUGAUGAGUUUAUGUUAUGCCUAUUAAUCAGCGUUGGAGCACAUGUUAAUCAUUUGAUACCAUUCUCUUUUACGUUUUUUUAGCUGUUACAGGACAGUUUUAUUUAUUAUAUCUCUAUGACUAAUCACCUUUAUUGUAAGGGAAACAAAACAUGCUAUUUGUUGCAGUAGGCUUUUAGAAUAAUGCAAAACAUAUCCUUGACUCUAUCCAGGUUGAUGAGUGAGGGGAAACAAACAAUGCCAGUCAGCCUGCACAGCCAGCCCAUCAAAACUACACCUAAACUAUACCCAAACUAAUUUCACACAUAAUAAAAGCUAGCCUAAAGACAAGAUUCAAUCGACGAUAGUCUGAUGAGUGACAAUAUUAUCAGUUGUCAAAUUGUACGUGAAGAGAUUGGCGCAGCUUGGAAUUGACAGAUGCAGGGAAAGGAGCAACACUUGCAGGUAAAAUGUAAAAUGUUUUGAUUUCUAUAUACACUGCUCAAAAAAAUAAAGGGAACACUUAAACAACACAAUGUAACUCCAAGUCAAUCACACUUCUGUGAAAUCAAACUGUCCACUUAGGAAGCAACACUGAUUGACAAUAAAUGUCACAUGCUGUUGUGCAAAUGGAAUAGACAACAGGUGGAAAUUAUAGGCAAUUAGCAAGACACCCCCAAUAAAGGACUGGUUUUGCAGAUGGUGACCACAGACCACUUCUCAGUUCCUAUGCUUCCUGGCUGAUGUUUUGGUCACUUUUGAAUGCUGGCGGUGCUUUCACUCUAGUGGUAGCAUGAGACGGAGUCUACAACCCACACAAGUGGCUCAGGUAGUGCAGCUCAUCCAGGAUGGCACAUCAAUGCGAGCUGUGGCAAGAAGGUUUGCUGUGUCUGUCAGCGUAGUGUCCAGAGCAUGGAGGCGCUACCAGGAGACAGGCCAGUACAUCAGGAGACGUGGAGGAGGCCAUAGGAGGGCAACAACCCAGCAGCAGGACUGCUACCGAGGAGCACUGCCAGAGCCCUGCAAAAUGACCUCCAGCAGGCCACAAAUGUGCAUGUCUCUGCUCAAACGGUCAGAAACAGACUCCAUGAGGGUGGUAUGAGGGCCCGAAGUCCACAGGUGGGGGUUGUGCUUACAGCCCAACACCGUGCAGGACGUUUGGCAUUUGCCAGAGAACACCAAGAUUGGCAAAUUCACCACUGGCGCCCUGUGCUCUUCACAGAUGAAAGCAGGUUCACACUGAGCACGUGACAGAUGUGACAGAGUCUGGAGACGCCGUGGAGAACGUUCUGCUGCCUGCAACAUCCUCCAGCAUGACCGGUUUGGCGGUGGGUCAGUCAUGGUGUGGGGUGGCAUUUCUUUGGGGGGCCGCACAGCCCUCCAUGUGCUCGCCAGAGGUAGCCUGACUGCCAUUAGGUACCGAGAUGAGAUCCUCAGACCCCUUGUGAGACCAUAUGCUGGUGCGGUUGGCCUUGGGUUCCUCCUAAUGGAAGACAAUGCUAGACCUCAUGUGGCUGGAGUGUGUCAGCAGUUCCUGCAAGAGGAAGGCAUUGAUGCUAUGGACUGGCCCGCCCGUUCCCCAGACCUGAAUCCAAUUGAGCACAUCUGGGACAUCAUGUCUCACUCCAUCCACCAACGCCACGUUGCACCACAGACUGUCCAGGAGUUGGCGGAUGCUUUAGUCCAGGUCUGGGAGGAGAUCCCUCAGGAGACCAUCCGCACCUCAUCAGGAGCAUGCCCAGGCAUUGUAGGGAGGUCAUACAGGCACGUGGAGGCCACACACACUACUGAGCCUCAUUUUGACUUGUUUUAAGGACAUUACAUCAAAGUUGGAUCAGCCUGUAGUGUGGUUUUCCACUUUAAUUUUGAGGGUGACUCCAAAUCCAGACCUCCAUGGGUUGAUACAUUUGAUUUCCAUUGAUAAUUUUUGUGUGAUUUUGUUGUCAGCACAUUCAACUAUGUAAAGAAAAAAGUAUUUAAUAAGAUUAUUUCAUUCAUUCAGAUCUAGGAUGUGUUAUUUUAGUGUUCCCUUUAUUUUUUUGAGCAGUGUAGUAUCAUAACGAGCAUAUUCUGCAGUUUCUAUGACACUUACCUUUGUCAAAUAACUCUCAAAAUUCAAGAAGUGGAUCUCUAUUUCUAAAUAUAAUUUUUCCAAGAAUAUCAGCGCUGUCUAUGCGUUCAGCACAUGACCACUCGCGCAGCGGCAUUGCUCUGGCUACUAAGCAAAGACUAGUAACAUAAUAAACGUAAAAUAUUAUAUUCUGUUUUUGUUUAAAUACAUUUUCUUAUUUCCACAAUGUUUCUUUAGACCUGCCAAAAUGAAAUUAUACUGGAUUUCUUUGUGAUGAACUAGUGGUUUGUUGUUUUUACUGAUAGCCUAGAGUAACGCAAACUAAUGAAUAUGCUAUUUUGUUCUUUGAAAUAAUAGUUUUUUAGUAUUCUAAUGUUACCUAAGACCUUCAUGAACAAAACCAAAUUAUUAUUCUUCGGAUAGCACGUAUGAAAUAAAUGAAAUUAGACUGUUAGAAUGUUGGUGCAUCAUUGCCUGGAAGUGUGGAAGAUUGGCUUUAGACCUACGUUUUUCACUAGGACUUUGUAGAAUUAUACAAAACAUAUCCUUGACUCUAUCUAAACAAAUAACUAUUGUUAUAUUUUUUACAUGGGUAUAUUUCCACAAAUAUUUCUUCAUGCAAUUCAUCCUUUAUAAUUGUUUAUGCACUAUCAAGCAUUGGUGCACACCUUGCAGGUUGAUAUGCAUCUGAUGCGUAUGGUAAAGGGGACACCCAGCAACGUUCGCAACGUUUUGUAGUGGGUACUUAUAGGCUGAAAGGCCAGGCGGUUCUAGUGUUAACCAAGUCUCAAUAGCUAGCAGUGACACUAGCUACCAAAGGAGACUGAGAAGUAGAAAUUGAAUUUCUACUCCUAAACAAAAACCUUACGGUUACUACUCAACCUCUCGACAGGGUCUGAAGACCUACGCUCGGCAGCGAUAUCCUUCACGGUUCGAUUGUGAGCAGAUUAAGCAGGCAAACAGGUAUCCAGUCGAUAUGAGGAGAGCUAGAGUAAUGACACUCUUCGUGAGGAAGAGAAGCGAGCAUAAACAGAGGGCCGGAGAGUGGCUUCUUUUAUGGAAGUGAGGGUCUCACCUCAUGUGCCACUCUACCUGUCUGUCUCCAGCAGACGCUUUUGAUAGGUACUUCCGAGAGAGUAGGUGGCCCUAGCAAACCCCCACAUGUGAUACAUCGAAACAAGUACUUGAAAGAGAACACCAUUGAGAACACCAUUGGGUCCUUAUCAUUGCUUGUGCGUCUUAGCAAAGAAAGUCUCUACUCCUUUUAGAGUAUUGUUCCUUGAGCAUUUUAGCAAAGACCAUUUUCACUCGCUUUAGAGUAUUUCUGGUCUUAUAGGAACAUGGCCCUAUCCUGUGCUAUCUGAGUGCAGCAUUUGAUCCAGCCAUUGUCCCUCUCCCUGGUCUUAUCCCAACAGCUGUCUGGUGUUUGCUUGGUUCUAUUCAAGCCCCUGUCUCCACAACAAACACAGACAAAACAGUCUCCACAACACACACAGACAAAACAAGAUGGAUGCCCUGGCCUCUCAAACAGACAGAAGUGCUUUAAUCUUGGUCCACUGCCAUGGUGAUGGCAUGACAGCAGGGAAACCAUCUGUAGUGUCCCAAUCUUCCAUGUCCUGUUUGUCUGUCGCCUAGUGUGAGGUCAUGGAAAUGGCCAUGAGCUUUCCGGUUUCCCUCCUGGUGAAGGGGCCAGAGUGGGAGACCCUUUGAAGCUUAAUCAGGGCUUUACCACACAAAAGAAUAUUAAUGUCGCUUUUGCCCCUUGUUCACAAAAGCCUAUUCCUAGGCUGUGAUCUACAGUUUCUUUUUAAUUUCUGUGUGUGGUUGUGAGGGUGCAAGAGAGACCGAGGGGGAGCAUGGUUGCCAUGGUUAUACGCACUCUUUUACUUUGUGUAAUUGUUAGGGGUCUACUCACAAAAAAUUGAAAGAAAAAAACUUUAAUCAUGUGUAUUAAAUGGCUUAUUAAUUUUCCACUCAAUCUAAUUUUUGCUUGCAUUCUUGAUAGACAGCAGUUCUGUGCAGCUACAAAAGAACACAUAAUUACCGUGUAUAGCCCACGAAGAUCUCCCCAACCACACAAGCCCAAGGACACGAAGGAUGGGAGAGCUCGAGCAAGCCAGUGACUCAGCCCCCGUAAUAGGGUCAGAGGCAAAGAAUCCCAGUGGAGAGAGACAGCAAGGGUGGUUUGUCACUCCAGUGCCUUGUAUGAAAAUGUAUGCACUCUACUGUAAGUUGCUCUGGAUAAGACUGUCUGCUAAAUGACUAAAAUGUAAAUGUAGUCUAAUCUUGAAGUGACAAAAGCAUGGAUUAGAUUUUCUGCAUAAUUUUUGGACAAAAAGUUUCAGAUUUUUGAAAUGUAAGGAAGAUGGAAAAAGGCUGCUCUUGAAAUAUUUUUGAUAUGUUUGUCAAAAGAGAGAUCAGGGUCCAGAGUAACACUGAGGUCCUUCAUUUUUAUUUGAAACAACUGUACAACCACCAAGAUUAAUUGUCAGAUCCGACAGCAGAUCUUUUUGUUUCUUGGGACCUAGAACUAGCAUCUCUGUUUUGUCCAAGUUUAAAAGUAAAACAUUUGCCGCCAUCCACUGAAACACAGGCUUCCAGGGUUGGCAAUUUUGGGGUUCACUAUGUUUUCAUCAAAAUGUACAGCUGUGUGUCAUCUGCAUACAGGUGAAAGUUUACAUUUUAUUUCCGAAUGACAUCACCAAGAGGUAGCAUAUAUAGUGAAAAUAAUAGUGGUCCUAGAACGUAACCUUGAGGAAUACUAAAACUUACCAUUGAUUUUUCAGAGGACAAACCAUCCACAGAGACGAACUGAUAUCUUUCCGAUAGAUAGGAUCUAAACCAGGCAAGAACUUGUCUGUGUAGACCAAUUAAGGUUCACAAUCUCUCCAGAAGAAUGUGGUGAUCGAUGGUGUCGAAAGCGGUACUAAGGUCUAGGAGCACGAGGAUAGACGCAGAGCCUUGGUCUGACGCCAUUAAAAGGUACUUUACCACCUUCACGAGUGCAGUCUCAGUACUAUGAUGGGGUCUAAAACCAGACUGGAGCAUUUUGUAUACAUUAUUUUGUCUUCAGGAAGGCAGCAAGUUGCUGAGCAACAGCUUUUUCUAAAAUGUUUGAGAGGAAUGGGCAAUUUGAUAUAGGCUGAUAUUGUUUUCAAUUUUCCGGUUCAAGGUUUGGCUUUUUCAGGAAAUGCUUUAUUACUGCCCCUUUUAGUGAGUUUGGUACACAUCCAGAGGAUAGGGAGCCGUUUAUUAUGUUCAGCAUAGGAGGGCCAAGCAUAGGAAGUAGCUCUUUCAGUAGUUUAGUUGGAAUAUGGUCCAGUAGACAGCUGGAAGGUUUAGAGGCUGUGACUAUUUUUGUGAAUGUUUCGAGAGAUACAGGAUUAAAAAACUUGAGUAUUUCCAUUGAUCCGACGUCCUGGCAGUUCUGUGCAGACUCAGAACAACUGAGUUUUGGAGAAAUGUGCAUAUUCAAGGAGUGAGUAAUAUAUUUUCGAAUGAUUAUGAUAUUUUUGACCAGGCCCAAGAGGACCAACCCUGAAUCAUUCCUGAAACCCCCCAGCCUCCCCCGACCCAACCCUGAAACCCCCACGCCUCAGAGCCUGUGGGGUGACUCAAUUUACUCUCCCCACCCACAACACCCUCCAAUCCAAAGUCCCCUAGUAUCCUCCAAGAUAAUACAGUAUAUCACCAAGCAAGGAGGCCUCUCUCUCUGUCAGCUUAGUGGGACAGUGAGACAAAAGCUCUUGUGUGGGCCCCAGCCCAGAUGCAGGUGGGCACCUAAAGCAGUUCAGGAGACUACACUCUUAGAAAAAAGGGUUCCAAAAGGGUUCUGCGGCUGUUCCCAUAGGAGAUUCAAGUCUCAAGUCUUUGAGGACGUUUUCGGGUCGAGUCUCAAGUCAGCCACUCACUUUGUAAUGUAUGAGUUAUAAUAAGGUUGUCCUUAUGUUGUGGUUGUUUUUUCAGGUGAUGUACUUCAGCUCGUUGUUCCCCUACGUAGUGCUGAUCUGCUUCCUGGUCAGGGCUCUGCUCCUCAAGGGAUCUAUGGAUGGGAUUCCGACACAUGUUCACACCCAAGGUACAGUAUCCUAACCCUAAAGCUUACCCAAGGUACAGUACAGUACAGUCCUGGGGUUGGAACCGGUUCAGGGAACAGAACAGAAAACUGGAUAAUGACCAAUUUUCAGAGGAACAGAAUCAGAACCGGGAGCGAAGGUGAUCUAUACUGUUCCGGAUCAAAACCGUUGUUUUAAAAGCAUGAGAACUGGUUAAUAACAUUAUUUUACGUUCCGCCAUUUUUUUCCAGUCUCACAAAACUCUGUCACUCAGAAACUUAAGCCCCGUUUCAAUUGGCAAUUUGAAGUCAAACCGGGUUGGGCUGGCCUUGGUGGGCUAGCUCAAAUUGUGUUUCCACUGCCCCCAGAAAUGAGAAAUUAUGCAAUGUUGCUAAGUAGCCAAUAUGUGACUGCAGCUGGCUUCGCUAAUGUUGCUAGCUAGAUGGAAGAUGUUGAAUAAUUUCAUUCACCCUCACCAUGCUGUAACAAACGUUACCCCAUACUUCUGCAAGUACCAGCCAGAUUCAGAGCCAUGUAUUUUGCUUGCUAAUGUUAGCUAUCUAGCUAGCUAAACAGUUAGCGUCGUUGCUAGAAUAACAGGCUAGCUAGCUUAAUUCCUACCUUGCUUGCCAUGACAUUGGUUAUUAGAUAGCUACCUAACUAAGCAAACGAGUCAAUAGGUUUGAUAUGAUGUAGCUAGUUAGCUAGCUAGCUUUCAAUAUGACCUGGCCAGCUAAAAUUCCUGCUAGCUCACGUUAGCUAUCUAGCUAGCUUGUUUCAACUCUGAUUUGCUGGCUAACGUUAGGUAGCUAGCAUUCAAGGGCUGAAUGUUCUCAUAAAAGUUUAUUGUGUAGUGCAAAAAUGAAUGAAGGAUCCAGCUAUGGUGGUUAUUCGUGUCAUGUCUGACUACUGCAGUACUGCUUCUCCAUGUGCUAGCUAACAGCAACAAGCCCAGAUGAGCUAGCUAAACGUUUUGACAGCAUCCAGCAGUGAUCAGCUUUGCGGUUACAUAUUAAGGGCGUCACCAGCCCAAUUUCUAAUUUAGCUGGCACCAGCUGUGAAACUGGGCUGCGCUGGCCUGUGUUUCCCUCGACCCAGCUCGAAUUUGAGAUUUUCAUUCGAGCCAGCUCGAAUAUAGCCCUAAUUUUUAAGGGAAUGGGCUUAUCCAGUGUCUGCCUGCCAACUGGAAAUCUUUGCCAGUGUGUGUGCAUGUGUAGGCUACCUGCCCCUCCGCCUCUGAAGCAUAGGCUACUGUAGCCUACUGAUGUUACAUGCAUGAUUCAGAAAUUAGGGAGAGAGAUUUUUAAUUAGAGAAGAAUGGAUUAACUUUUUCAAUGCUAGUUAAGGAUACUAUAGUUAUCACAUUUCAAGUUGGAUUUAUUAACUACAAAAAGGUAAGACUUGUUUUUAUUUUAAUUCUGGUGCCGCUCUGCACACACAAGCUUGUUAGCUAGCUAACUAGCUCUGGUUCAACGUUAAGCCAACUCUCGGAAGUUCAAAGACAAUCAAAAUUCCUCCAUAGAAGUCGCUCAUCCGUAUGUAUAAUUCUGUGGGCCUAAUUCAAAUAAUGCAUGUCAUAACAAGAUGCCCAGCGCUUCAAGCCAAGCAUCCUCCACCCUAUCUCGCUCUCUCCCCACCCGCAGAGUUGCAAAGAAAAAGCCAUAUCUCAGACUGCCCAUCUUAAUCUUUUAUUUUUAUUGGCCAGUCUGAGAUAUGGCUUUUUCUUUGCAACUCUGCCUAGAAGGUCAGCAUCCCGGAGUCGCCUCUUCACUGUUUACGUUGAGACUGGUGUUUUGCGGGUAAUGAAGCUGCCAGUUGAGGACCUGUGAGGCGCCUAUUUCUCAAACGAGACACUCUAAUGUAUUUGACCUCUUGCUCAGUUGUGCACUGGGGCCUCCCACUCCUCUUUCUAUUCUGGUUAGAGCCAGUUUGCGCUGUUCUGUGAAGGGAGUAGUACACAGCGUUGUACGAGAUCUUCAGUUUCUUGGCAAUUUCUCGCAUAGAAUUGCCUUCAUUUCUCAGAACAAGAAUAGACUGACGAGUUUCAGAAUAACGUUUUUUGUUUCUGGCCAUUUUGAGCCUGUAAUCGAACCCACAAUUGCUGAUGCUCCAGAUACCCAACUAGUCUCAAGAAGGCCAGUUUUAUUGCUUCUUUAAUCAGCACAACAGUUUUCAGCUGUGCUAACAUAAUUGCAAAAGGGUUUUCUAAUGAUCAAUUAGCCUUUUAAAAUGAUAAACUUGGAUUAGCAAACACAAUGUGCCAUUGGAACACAGGACUGAUGGUUGCUGAUAAUGGGCCUCUGUACGCCUAUGUAGAUAUUCCAUAAAAAAAUUAGCCGUUUUCAGCUACAAUAGCCAUUUACAACAUUAACAAUGUCUACACUGUAUUUCUGAUCAAUUUGAUAAUAUAUUAAAUGGACCCCAAAGUUGCUUUUCUUUCAAAAACAAGGACAUUUCUAAGUGACCCCAAACUUUUGAACGGUAGUGUAUAUUGACUGAAAAUGUGCCAGAAUUCCAGGUAUUCUUUAAAGAGGUAGGGUUUCAAGUGUCUCCGGAAGGUGGUCAGUGACUCCGCUGUCCUGGCGUCGUGGGGGAGCUUGUUCCACCAUUGGGGUGCCAGAGCAGCAAAUAGCUUUGACUGGGCUGAGCGGGAACUGUGCUUCUGUAGAGAUAGGGGAGCUAGCAGGCCAGAGGUGGAUGAACGUAGUGCCCUCGUUUGGGUGUAGGGUCUGAUCCUGAAGGUAAGGAGGUGCCGUUCCCCUCACAGCUCCGUAGGCAAGCACCAUGGUCUUGUAGUAGAUGCAAGCCUCAACUGGAAGCCAGUGGAGUGUGCGGAGGAGCGGGUGACAUGAGAGAACUUGGGAAGGUUGAACACCAGACGGGCUGCGGCGUUCUGGAUAAGUUGUAGGGGUUUAAUGGCACAGGCAGGGAGCCCAGCCAACAGCGAGUUGCAGUAAUCCAGAAGGGAGAUGACAAGUGCCUGGAUUAGGACCUGUGCCGCUUUCUGUGUACACCUGUUCUGAAAGGCCCCAGAAUCUGCAACACCACUAAGCAAGGGGCACCACCAAGCAAGCGGCACCAUGAAGACCAAGGAGCUCUCCAAACAGGUCAGGGACAAAGUUGUGGAAAAGUACGGAUCAGGGUUGGGUUAUAAAAAAAUAUCAGAAAUUUUGAACAUCCCACGGAGCACCAUUAAAUCCAUUAUUUCAGAAAUGGGAAGAAUAUGGCACCACAACAAAACUGCCAAGAGAGGGCCGCUCACCAAAACUCACAGACCAGGCAAGGAGGGCAUUAAUCAGAGGCAACAAAGAGACCAAAGAUAACCCUGAAGGAGCUGCAAAGCUCCACAGCGGUGAUUGGAGUAUCUGUCCAUAGGACCACUUUAAGCCGUACACUCCACAGAGCUGGGCUUUACAGAGGAGUGGCCAGAUAAAAGCCAUUGCUUAAAGAAAAAAAUAAGCAAACACGUUUGGUGUUCGCCAAAAGACAUGUGGGAGACUCCCCAAACAUAUGGAAGAAGGUACACUGGUCAGAUUAGACUAAAAUUGAGCUUUUAGUCCAUCAAGGAAAAUGACAUGUCUGUCGCAAACCCAACACCUCUCAUCACCCGAGAACACCAUCCCCAUAGUGAAGCAUGGUGGUGGCAGCAUCAUGCUGUGGGGGAUGUUUUUCAUCGGCAGGGACUGGGAAACUGGUCAGAAUUGAAGGAAUAAUGGUUGGCGCUAAAUACAGGGAAAUUCUUGAGGGAAACCUGUUUCAGUCUUCCAGAGAUUUGAGACUGGGACGGAGGUUCACCUUCCAGCAGGACAAUGACCCUAAGCAUACUGCUAAAGCGACACUCGAGUGGUUUAUGGGUAAACAUUUAAAUGUCUUGGAAUGGCCCAGUCAAAGCCCAGACCUCAAUCCAAUUGAGAAUCUGUGGUAUGACUUAAAGAUUGCUGUACACCAGUGGAACCCAUCCAACUUGAAGGAGCUGGAGCAGUUUUGCCUUGAAGAAUGGGCAAAAAUCCCAGUGGCUAGAUGUGCCAAGCUUAUAGAGACAUACCCCAAGAGACUUGCAGCUGUAAUUUCUGCAAAAGGUAGCUCUACAAAGUAUUGAAUUUGGGGUGGUGAAUAGUUAUGCACGCUCAAGUUUUCUGUUUUUUUGUCUUAUUUCUUGUUUGUUUCACAAUAAAAAAUAUUUUGCAUCUUCAAAGUGGUAGGCAUGUUGUUUAAAUCAAAUGAUACAAAACCCCAAAAAAUCCAUUUUAAUUCCAGGUUGUAAGGCAACAAAAUAGGAAAAAUGCCAAGGGGGGUGAAUACUUUCGCAAGCCACUGUAUGUGCAGUGAGAAAGACAUCAAAAGCAGGGCUCAUUGUGUGAUUUGUAGUGUGUGCCUUCUAACUGGGUUAAGCCUUCCACCACACAAAGAUAGCAGUAGCAUGCUGGAUAUACUCUCCUUGUUGUGUCCUUGUUUGAUCUUCACCAGUUUUGACAAAGUGAUGUAACUCAACCAUGAUUCACAUGUCCACUGAUCUGCUCCACUGGUCCAAACAAUGGUUUGUCCACUACUAAAUGACGUAGUGUUGUCCUAAAGAGCCAAAUGUUGGUCAAAUGAAUCCACAGCAAGGAGAGAUGAGUCUGGAACUAUAGUUUAUCUUCCUUUAGCACCUCACCUAAAUGUGCAUUCUUUAUUUAUUUCCUUCCAGUUGGAGAUCAUGCUGGAGGCCAAGGUGUGGCGCGAAGCGGCCACACAGGUCUUCUUCGCCCUAGGCCUGGGUUUUGGAGGGGUCAUAGCCUUCUCCAGCUACAACAAACGGGAUAACAACUGUCACUUCGACGCGGUGCUGGUCUCCUUCAUCAACUUCUUCACCUCUGUGCUGGCCACCCUGGUGGUGUUCGCCGUGCUCGGCUUCAAGGCCAACAUCAUGAACACCAAGUGUGUCGCACUGUGAGUAGUACACUAUAAGCCACUCACUUUUAGAACACCGGAAUGUAGCCUAAUCCCCCAAAGCAUUACCCUUUGGUGAUUAUAGGCCAAUAUUGCCAAUAGGCCAAUAUAAUAUGCCUGUUUGAUUGUGACUUUUAGUUAAGAAGAUGCUUUUAUCGAUCGUACAUUUCAUAGAGACACACAGUAUAUUCAAUGCAAUGUAUGUGGCCAAUACUUGAAUCAUGCUGUAAACACUGAGCCAUGUGAUAAGGCCGAUAAGAUAUUAGCAUGGUCUUGUAUGAUAGAGUAUCCAUUUUGAUCUGGUUUUAUAUUAUUUUCAAUCUCUCAGGAACACUAAGAAGAUAAUUGCUUUGCUAGGGAAUGAGGUCAGCCACGACCUGAUCCCCCACCACAUCAACUUCAGCGCUACUGUGAGUGCUGAGGACUACCAACAGAUGACAGAGAUCAUCAGAGGGGUGACGGAGAAGGAUUACCCGCAUCUGGGCCUGGACUCCUGCAGCAUUGAGGAAGAGCUCAACAAGGUGAGGGGCCAUUGUCUUCCAACAGCUACAUCAUUCUAAUGCAACGAGUUGGUCAGUGGAGACAGCCGUCGCAACAUCUGACGUAAGGCAAUGGGUGAGGGGGCUCAAGGAAUGUAUAAUAUCAUUAUCUUUUUGCAUCUUUUAUAAUCAUAACAAUCGCUUUUAGGUAGCAUUUUACUUGAAGAAAACCCAUAAACAGUCAUAAAAACUUGUGUCAGACAUGGUAUCAUCACGUCAACUGACUUUGCACUGUCAUGUAACAAACCAGGAUUAGCUACGCCCAGAGCCAUAUAUUUAGAGAGUUGGGCCAACUUUUAGAAUGGACGCCAUGUUUGCGCCUGUGAGCAUUUCAUUUAUCCAUACAUGAUGAGAAUUUGGAAUCUUGUACAUAGCAUUGUUUAAAACUCAGAAAAUUCAGUGAAAUGCUAUUGGUCAUUAUAAACUGGGUGGUUCGAGCCCUGAAUGCUCAUUGGCUGACAGCCAUGGUAUAUCAGACCGUAUACCACGGGUAUGACAAAACAUUUAUUUUUACUGCUCUCAUUACGUUGGUAACCAGUUUAUAAUAGCAAUAAGGCACCUCGGGGGUUUGUUGAAUAUGGCCAAUAUACCACAGCUAAGGGCUGUAUCCAGGCACUCCGCGUUGCAUUGUGCUUAAGAACAUCCCUUAGCAGUGGUAUAUUGGCCAUAUACCAUACCCCCUCAUACCUUAUUGCUUAAAUAUAGCCCAUAGGGAGAUAACAUGGCUGCCAUGGAAUGUAGUGUCAUGUAAAUGCAUCAUAAUGCAGAAACCUCAAUGUCCUAGCUUUCUAAGGGUGCGUUCGUAAAUUCACUCUGGCUAUCUACUCGGAUUUCAGAGCACUCUCAUCUGAGUGUGCCAGAGCGCAGAAUAAUUGAUGAAUUUAUGAACGCGCAACACCCGUUGAAAAUGACUGGUGUCGGCAAAAAAACAUUGUUAAAUUGUUGCAAGCAGCACAGUUACAGUCACUAACGCUCUAGAUAAAAUGAAAACAUCCUAACCAGCUCUGCUAGAGCGAGUAAAAUGGUCAGAGUGAGGUGUUCUCUCAUUUGUGUCUGGAAGUAGCUAGCAAGCUAGCCAACUUUAGCCGGUUAUCUUGGGUGUUUGACUGCCGUUGUGAUGUUAGAACGCUUGGAUCAACCCUUCUACUCGGCCAGAGCGUCUGGUGUGCGCUCUAAAUGCUCUGAGUGCGAAACACUCAGAAUUUACUAAAUGACCCAGAGCGCACUCUGACACACUGGAGGCAAUUUACGACCACACCCUAAAUAUAUGGCUCUGACUACGCCUAUCCAAUGACAUUUUUUUGUGUCAUAACAGUGCAAUGUAAACUGUUACUGAACACUGUUUUCCACAGACUGUGGUAGACUUGUCUCUAGAUGUUGUCUACAGUCGUGGUCAAAAGUUUUGAGAAUGACACAAAUACACAUUUUCACAAAGUCUGCUGCCUCAGUUUUGAUGAUGGCAAUUUGCAUAUUCUCCAGAAUGUCAUGAAGAGUGAUCAGAUGGAUUGCAAUUAAUUGCAAAGUCCCAUGACAAUGAACUUAAUCUCCCAAAAAGAUUUCCACUGCAUUUCAGCCCUGCCAAAAAAGGACCAGCUGCCAUCAUGUCAGUGAUUCUCUUGUUAACACAGGUGAGUGUUGACAAGGACAAGGCUGGAGAUCACUCUGUCAUGCUGAUUGAGUUAGAAUAACAGACUGGAAGCUUUAAAAGGAGGGUGGUGCUUGAAAUCAUUGUUCUUCCUCUGUUAACCAUGGUUACCUGCAAGGAAAACACGUGCCGUCAUCAUUGCUUUGCACAAAAGGGCUUCACAGGCAAGGAUAUUGCUGCUAGUAAGAUUGCACCAAAAUCAACCAUUUAUCGGAUCAUCAAGAACUUCAAGGAGAGAGGUUCGAUUGUUGUGAAGGCGUCAGGGCGCCCAAGAAAGUCCAGCAAGCGCCAGGACCGUCUCCUAAAGUUGAUUCAGCUGCGGGAUCGGGGCACCACCAGUGCAGAGCUUGCUCAGGAAUGGCAGGAGGCAGGUGUGAGUGCAUCUGCACGCACAGUGAGGCGAAGAUAUUUGGAGGAUGGCCUGGUGUCAAGAAGGGCAGCAAAGAAGCCACUUCUCUCCAGGUAAAACAUCAGGGAGAGACUGAUAUUCUGCAAAAGGUACAGGGAUUUGGACUGCUGAGGACUGGGGUAAAGUCAUUUUCUCUGAUGAAUCCCCUUUCCGAUUGUUUGGGGCAUCCAGAAAACACCUUGUCCGGAGAAGACAAGGUGAGCGCAACCAUCAGUCCUGUGUCAUUCCAACAGUAAAGCAUCCUGAGACCAUUCAUGUGUGGGGUUGCUACUCAGCCAAGGGAGUGGGCUCACUCACAAUUUUGCCUAAGUACACAGCCAUGAAUAAAGAAUGGUACCAACACAUCCUCCGAGAGCAACUUCUCCCAACCAUCCAAGAACAGUUUGUGACGACCAAUGCCUUUUCCAGCAUGAUGGAGCACCUUGCCAUAAGACAAAAGUGAUAACUAAGUGGCUCGGGGAACAAAACAUUGACAUUUUGGGUCCAUGGCCAGGAUCUCCCCAGACCUUAAUCCCAUCGAUCCUCAAGAGGCGGGUGGACAAACAAAAACCCACAAAUUCUGACAAACUCCAAACAUUGAUUAUGCAAGAAUGGGCUGCCAUCAGUCAGGAUGUGGCCCAGAAGUUAAUUGACAGCAUGCCAGGGCGGAUUGCAGAGGUCUUGAAAAAGAAGGGUCAACACUGCAAAUAUUGACUCUUUGCAUAAACUUAAUGUAAUUGUCAAUAAAAGCCUUUGACACUUAUGGAAUGCUUGUAAUUAUACUUCAGUAUACCAUAGUAACAUCUGACAAAAAUAUCUCAUAACACUGAAGCAGCGAACUUUGUGAAGACCAAUACUUGUGUCAUUCUCAAAACGUUUUACCACGGCUGUACACGUCAAGAUUUGACUUUCCAAUUAUUAGAAACCUUAAGGAAAAUGUUCUUACUAGAAGUGGAUAUUACUGACUUACUUACAUAAAACCUUCUUCUUCUUCUUCUUCUUCUUCUUCUUCCCUGUCUUCCUCCUCCUCCCUGUCCUCCUCCUCCUCCUCAGGCAGUGCAAGGUACAGGCCUGGCCUUCAUUGCCUUCACAGAGGCCAUGACCCACUUUCCGGCAUCUCCCUUCUGGUCCGUCAUGUUCUUCCUGAUGCUGGUUAACCUGGGCCUGGGCAGCAUGUUCGGAACCAUCGAGGGCAUCAUCACACCUUUGGUCGACACCUUCAAAGUCCGCAAAGAGUUCCUCACAGGUCAGUCCGAGACAGGGGAUGGAGGAAUAUAUGGCUCAUUAUAUCUCAAUUCACCUUUCCAUGAUUCCUCUCAUCUUAUCUCCUCGUUCCUUCUCAAUCGUAUUGGAGAAGGUCCAAGGUCCCCAUCGGACCUUCUUCAAUGCAUUGUGAAGGAGGACGCAAGCAGAGAAGAUGCGAGUAAUUGAGCAAAAAUUAAGAGAGAAAGCCUGUGUCAGUGUGUGGAGGUAGACAUUUUUCCACAAUGUAUCCUCAGCUGAACUCUAUUGAUGUGUGUUUGCUAUAGUAACAGGUCAAUUAAGUAUUACCUACGUGUAUGAUGUAUUAUGGCUUUUUGCUUUAAUGCUUCUGGCUCAAUAUUGCAUAAUACUAAUCUAAUGCACAGUAGAUGUGUGGCACCAAAGAUAAUUUCAUAAUUAUGUUGCACUUAGUUGCAGCCACAUGUUGAUCAAUAUUGUGCAUGAAUUCUGUUAAUGAGGAUGGGUCAUUCUUGAAUUGCGGUGGUAAAUCCUGUCCCUUGUCUUUGGUACCAUGUAAAAAAAAAAAAAAAAACUUUAAAAUGACAAAAACAGAACAAAUAAGACAUGUUCCGUUUUAUUUAACUGUUAUUUAAUAAGUAAACGUAUGUGACCCACCACCUGCACCAUACUUGCAAUGAAAACAACUUUCUGACAAAAUUAGAAACGUAAAAUAUCUGAAAAUGUAUCGAGACUCUUACCGGUAUACAUGGAUGAACGCUUCUCCCUCUCUGUCAUGGAUGCCAUGGUUGCCCUUAGUUUGAAAAUGUAAUCCGGAGACAGGUGUUUUAUACAACAGCCUUCUGUGUUCUCUUUUCGACUCCCUGCGCAUUUUCAAUCAUACUCUGCUUCCACCGGGCGUUCCACUGAUUUCAAAACUCGGUCAACUUCUUCCAUGACAACAACACUGUUGAUCGCCGUUUCUUCCCCAUCACUGUCAUCAGAAGACUCUACGAUGUCUUGUUCAAUGAAAAUGUUUUGACAAAAAUCAGGGAUUUCAACAUCAUCUGAUUCAUUUGUAGAGUCAAAGAGUAGUAAGUAGUCCAUCACAACUUUUUCCCACUGAUCCUUGUCGAUAGCACCUGUUAAAUUUAGGGCAGCAAUAUUGAGAGCAGUAGCAACACUUUUGCAGUUCGUCAUGAUAUCUUUCAAAAAAGCCGUGGUAGUACUGAGCAGCUCAUGUUAUAGACACAAGCAUGCUACAUGGCAGACCAAUCUGAACUCAUCUCGCGUCCAGCCCAUCCAUUAUGUUAGCCAAUCAUGGCUAGCGGGAAGGUUCCUGUCUUUUUCUGUGGCUAAACAAACUAGGCUAGUAAUUUAACAAUAUUAUUUGUAUUUACAGAUGGCAUACAAGUUUGUUAUUAAGGAAUCAAAGAAUCAAAUCAAAUCAAAUUGUAUUUGUCACAUGCGCCGAAUACAACAGGUGUAGACCUUAACCAACAAUGCAGUUUUAAGAAAGAAUACCAAAAUAAUUACAGAAAAAAUUACAAUAUAAAAUAAUACGAAAUAAAAGUAACAAAUCAUUAAAGAGCAGCAGUAAAAAUAACAAUAGCGAGGCUAUAUACAGGGGGUACGGGCACCGGUUAGUCGAGGUAAUAUGUAAAUGUAAACUCAGCAAAAAAAUAAACGUCCUCUCACUGUCAACUGCGUUUAUUUUCAGCAAACUUAACAUGUGUAAAUAUUUGGAUGAACAUAACAAGAUUCAAAAACUGAGACAUAAACUGAACAAGUUCCACAGACAUGUGACUAACAGAAAUUGAAUAAUGUGUCCCUGAACAAAGGGGGGGUCAAAAUCAAAAGUAAUUGUCAGUAUCUGGUGUGGCCAACAGCUGCAUUAAGUACUGCAGUGCAUCUCCUCCUCAUGGACUGCACCAGAUUUGUCCGUUCUUGCUGUGAGAUGUUACCCCACUCUUCCACCAAGGCACCUACAAGUUCCCAGACAUUUCUGGGGGGAAUGGCCCUAGCCCUCACCCUCCGAUCCAACAGGUCCCAGACGUGCUCAAUGGGAUUGCAGGAAAUCACGCACAGAAUGAGCAGUAUGGCUGGUGGCAUUGUCAUGCUGGAGGGUCAUGUCAGGAUGAGCCUGCAGGAAGGGUACCACACAAGGGAGGAGGAUGUCUUCCCUAUAAUGCACAGUUUUGAGAUUGCCUGCAAUGACAAUGCAAAUAGUCUGGGUAGCCAUUUGAUUAGAUGUUCAGGAGUCUUAUGGCUUGGGGGUAGAAGCUGUUUAGAAGCCUCUUAGACCUAGACUUGGCGCUCCGGUACCGCUUGCCGUGCGGUAGCAGAGAGAACAGUCUAUGACUAGGGUGGCUGGAGUCUUUGACAAUUUUUAGGGCCUUCCUCUGACACCGCCUGGUAUAGAGGUCCCUGGAUGGCAGGAGGCUUGGCCACAGUGAUGUACUGGGCCGUACGCACUACACUCUGUAGUGCCUUGCGGUCGGAGGCCGAGCAGUUGCCAUCCAAAGUGUCACUUGGUGUUAGAACAUUUUAAUGAAGGGAAAUAACAUUGUGAGUAACAUAAUUAAUCAUAUUAAUUGAGUAAAUUAUUUUUAAAGGAUUGAUGACCUUAGAUUUUAGAAUUUGUGGCCUCCAUUUCAGAAAAUGUACCUAAAAUGUAUCAUUGGUGUUACCGUCAUUGGUGUUACUACUCCUACUGGUGGUACAAUGUUAUCAUAAUGGUACAAAUGAUUUCAAGUCAUUAAGCUACCAUAGUAGUUGAUGUAGAAUGGGAAGUUAAAAUAACAUAUUUUCUUCCAAAAUGCCAUGCCCAAAUGCCACCGUAAUUCAAGAAUGACCCAGAUGGCAUUUCUCCCCCUUGUCCCUUUUUACUAAUGUCCAUGUAUUCUCCCUCCUGUAACAGUGGGUGUCUGUCUGCUAGCCUUCUUCAUUGGCCUGCUGUUCGUCCAACGAUCUGGGAACUACUGGGUGGCCAUGUUUGAUGACUACUCCGCCACGCUGCCCCUGCUCAUAGUGGUCAUCCUGGAGAAUGUGGCUGUUGCUUGGGUCUACGGGACUGACAAGUAUGUACAUGUCAAAUUAUAUACAGAAUGUCAGUAAUCUGUGGUUUUCUCCAAUAUAAUUCCAAAUUCAAAGCUGUCCAUCCAAAUACAAUGACAAAUAUUAUUUAAAUUCAGUAUUCAGAAUUAGUUAACCAUGAAAAGUUAUCAUGAAAUAAUACCACUUAACUUUAAUAUUACCUGCUAUCACCUCUGGUAUAUUGUACAGGUACUGUAUGUUAAACAUAAUUGCCAAACUCAACACAGUCUAAAGUGUGUACCAUUAUGUAUCCUCACCUUCUGUGGGAUCCUGUCCCUGCUUCUCCCUUGUUCCUCCGCCCAGGUUCUUUGAGGACCUGAAGGACAUGCUGGGCUUCACUCCGUUCCGGUUCUACUACUACAUGUGGAAGUACGUGACCCCCCUGCUGCUCAUCCUGCUGCUGGGCUCCAGUGUGAUCCAGCUGGGAAUGACCCCACCCAGCUACAGUGCCUGGAUAGAGGACCUGGUGAGUCAUCUGUGGUAUCUGUGGUCUCUGUUGCAACUGUCAAAUACAGUAUUUUAGUUCAGUUUACCUUCGGUUCAAUUAAUGGGAUACACAGGCUUUUGUUACACUCCCGUACCAAAACACCCAAUUCAACUACACAUCAAGAGCUCUGUUAACUUUUUCUAUAGUCCAAAUUGCCUCCUGUACUUGCCUUUUUUCCUUUAUCCACACUAAUUGUAAAAUACCUGGAAACCUGGAUGGUUACUUGAUAGCCCUCUGCCAUAAUAGCUUCACCAAUCCUCUUGGAUUAUGAGAUCAGCACAGAUGGAGGAGAGGACUUAACUUAGACUAGAGGACUUUACACUUAAAAGUGAUUUAAGAUGCAACCUAUUGUCACAUGGGCCCAACUUGGUUUUAGUGUUAGUAUCAGUUUCAGGCCAGUGAGAAGUAAUAUACAGUAGUAACCUCUUGCUCUCCCUCCCUCCCCGUGUGUAUGAGGCCAGUGAGAAGUCUCUGAGCUAUAGUGAUAUACAGUAGUAGUAGCAUUAGUAGCAGGAAUACUAUACAGUUCUAACCUCUCACUCCCUCCCUGUCUCUCCUAGGCCAGUGAGAAGUCCCUUAGCUAUCCUCCGUGGGGCCUGGCGGUCUGCAUCUCCCUGGUGGUGAUGGCCAUCAUGCCCGUGCCCGUGGUCUUCUUCCUCCGCUACUUCAACAUCAUCGACGAGAACGCUGGCGUGGUGUCCACCAUCUCCUACAAGAAGGGCCGCAUCAUCAAGGAGAGCGCCAGGCCCGAGGAGGACGACGAUGCCAGCCUCAUCCACGCCAAGUCGCCCGGCAGUGAAGCGCCCUCGCCCAUGCCUGGCAACAGCAUCUAUCGUAAGCAGAAUGGAGGGGUCCCCGAUGCUGCGCCCAAUGGCCGCUACGGCAUCGGCUACCUGAUGGCUGACAUGCCAGACAUGCCCGAGUCAGACUUAUAG